GGAAAAAUACACUUCCCAUCAUCCUUUGGAGUCGCCGUGAUCCGUUGUUUUUCCUGUUCAGACGCGGCUAGUUUAAGUUGCCAUAGCACAGUGGAGCAGAGGGCUGCUUCUCUUCGCUAUUACUUGUUGAGCGAAACGCCAACGGUUGUCGUGUAGAAUUCACACAGUGCUGAUAUGUACUCACCUGAAGCUGGACUUUCGCAGCGUUUUGAAGUUCUGACGGGAUAGUCACAAGGCUUAAAUAGUUGGCUAACAAUUGGUUAGCUUGCUAACGUUCAUAGUAGUUUCCACUUGUUGCUAACUGGAGGAGCAUCACCCACAACAAUGAGCUGCACUGUGAUUGAUUGGGAAGAUGGAAGUUUGAACGGUUGUGUUUUACAGGUUAGAUAGCAGUCUUUCUCUAUGUGUUGUUAAGGUAACAGUGAACCGUAUUAUAUCUCUGUGAGCUAUGACAAAAGUAUGUUUGGUGAAAACGGUUCAAAGGCAGCGAUGUUUGGUCGAUAAUCUGAUUAACGUUUCAGUUAACAGUUAGCGUUUCAUGCAGACGACGCUGCUGCUGAUCGAUCAGCCGCUUGUCGUCGUUAAAUUUGACCUUUCCUAAAAUAUGGAUACAUCAAGCGAGACGGAUUCUUACGAGCGAGCUCAGGGGCACAGACCUCGGGGGCGGGAUGCCCACCGCAGACCCGGCCGGGACAGGUGCAGAGCCAGUGGGAGUGGAGGUGAUGGACGUGGUGCAGACAUCAGCGAGAAGAUCAGCACACUGGCAAACACUUUACAGGUACUCUGACCUAACUGAUGACACUGUUACACUUGUGCAUGUGUGUCUUAACACUAUUUUGUACUAUUUAUAAGGCAUAGACGAUUUUUGAAACCAUCAGAGCUGUUUUGAUCAAUAUUUUACUCAUUGUUCCAGUUGACUACUCUGAUUUGGACCUACAAAUUCUUUUACCUCAAACCAUAACCCAUAAUUUACAAAGGCAUCAAAGAAAUAUCAGUCUCCCUGUACUUUUUAUCAUACAUUUCACAAAGAUGAAAUGCUUUUCUCUGACAGGACACCAGUAGGAGUUUGACCAAAGUGGACCGGAUGCUGGGUCAGUACAGGGACCACACAGAUGAUCAAGCUGAAGCCAUGGCACUGGUUGGUUAAAUGUUCUUUUAAUUAUUACCUGAUUCAUUACCCACAACAAUUAAUUUGCUGGACUUUGCUUUAAAGUAUUUUGAUGUUUUAAUUGGAUAAUUGCAUUUUACUGUUACAUGACUCAUUUUACAGUUAUACUUAAUGGAGGUACUGUGAAUAUGAUAAAUUUAAUGAAAAAUUUACAUGUUCUUUCAUUGUGAAGAAUAUCAUGUCUCUUGUGUACCAGAAUUGCUCUUAAAAUAUGACGGUUUGUUUUAGAAAUAGAUUUAAAACAAGAAAUAAAAGUGAUACUGCUACAAAUGAUAAAUAUAUUCUAUUUGAAACGUAGACAUUCAGGAAUGAAAAACAAAUUCUGGGUGGUGUCAUAGGUGUGCUAGUACUUUUAAAAGUCUACAUCCACAGUGUUAACCCUCAACAUCUCAUAGAAAAUAUCAAACAAGUCUUAUAUGUACUAAUACAGCUAAUGAAUGAGGUCUCGGCCCUCCUCCCUUUAUGUCUCUUUCUCCACGUUCUCUUAGGGAUGUGAGCUGCUUCAUAGUUUGUCCUCUUCUAUACCAGUCUUGUUUUUGCUCGUUAACUCUAUCAUGAUCUUGUACUCAGCUCAGGGACAACCUAGAGGAGUCAAUCAGUCAGCUGAAGACACAGAGGCUGAGCAGACCCAAUGGGGCUCGGAGUGCUUCAGGGUCAGCCUCCACUCUGCACACCAGUGACUUGGAGGCCUGCUCAGGAUCAGGUAUGGAGAAAUAGAAAGGAUUUGUGUUCAGCUUUCUCUUCAUUUUUUUCAUAUACUGUUUAUGAAUGAUAACGAAUGCGAAGGAAACAACCCGAAGAAGCCCACGCCCUGACUGCAGCGCUUUAAAGCGAGUAAAUCCAUGAUUUCAGAUGGCCAGCGUUUCUAUCCUACAUCUCCGCUGAGGGACUACACAAGCACACCAAGAAGAAGGAGGUCACAGUCUGCCGGUGUGCGCUUCAGGGAAACCAGCCUGACAGGAGAGGAUGUAAGAAAUGUAGACAGACCUGCCAUAGGGGGGCACAUUAAGUCAGCAGCAUACAGAAUGUAGCAACUCAAUUACGCUUAAAGGUGGGGUUGGCAGGAUAUGAGGAAGUGCCAGUUUUGGGGAGAAAUCUUGAAUGUAAACUCUACCCCUCCCAACCAAUUUUCCCCUCAGCUCCUCCUCUCCCCUCCCUCUCUUCUCCAGCAAGCCCCGCCCACAAACAGACGCUCCUGCUCGCUCGUAUCGUUCCAAUUAAAUUCAGAUGUAAUGCAGAUAAAUACUUAAGGUAAUUACAAAUUGGGCCCAGUCAACGUGAAAGUAAAAAGCAUUGGUGCUAAAGUAGAUGCCAACAGACUACCAGCAAACACAAUGUUUGCAGGACUUCUACAACUAGGAUAAAGUGACACACUUUAGCGGCGCUACAACACGCAGCAGGUCCCGUUUGACAAGAAACACUUCUGUUACACUCGGCCUACUCUGUUAAAGCGGUUUACCUGUCCAGCAGAAAGGUUACAGGGUCCGUAAGAUCCUGAGCACCCCCAAUCAUUGUUGACCGGGCUUCGUAGCUCUUGUCCGGUCUACCUCCUUUUUAAGCGCCCGUUAUUCCGCCACAGUCUCCAGUAUUUAGUUCGUUUUCUUGCUUGUGUUGGCAGUUGGGAGCAGUGUCUGCCUCACAACCAAUCAGGAUGGGGGAGGCGGGGAACGGCUUUGUUUACGGUCAGAAAGAGCAGAGCGCUCUGAAAUUUUAAAAUGUUGACUACACAGACAUAACAAAACACAGCGAUAUCGUUAUAUCACCAAAUGUCAUCAAUAACUAAUAGGUAUAGCUAAUAGCACAAAAAGAGAUGCUUCUUUAACGGAUUCCUGCCUACCCCACCUUUAAGAAAACAACAGCUGUCUUCUUGCUUUGCUUUGUUUGUAUUUACUGGUUUUGUAUACUCUGGCUGUCACUCUUAGAUUCACUCCAUGCACCAGUCCAUGAGGGAUCUGCGCAGUGAUCAGCAGAGACUGUCUGAUGACCUGGACAAAGAAAUCCUCCGGAGGAAUAGGUAUGGGGAGGGAGGGGUUAAAGUCUAAUGUGUUGUUUGGCUGGGAUGCCAUAUUAGGAGGCUGAGCUGCUGUCAAAACAGUCUAUUCUCCAGGCCUGUCUGCAGAUUUCCUUCAUUGUUUUCUUCUCUAGCUUUAUGCUUCAGGUCUGAUUGAGCCAAAUGUAGGAUAUCGAUCUUAAUCUUUCACAUUAAUGGUAAGUUUUUGCUGUGGCCCUAAAGGAAACUAUCGUUUAAGCACUUUGAAAUCUCUUUGAUGAGAAAAUGAUAAAAGCAUUUUUUUAAAGCUUCAAGAGACAGCGCCGUAAAUUGGAGUCAAAAGGCAGAUUUUUCUCUCCCCAUAAAUUAGAAUUUGAUAUUUUCAGGUUAUUAAAAAAUCGCUUCUCUCUAGGCGUGCUGACCAGACCAAAUUGACCCCUCGCUAUAUCUCAGCAUCUGCAGCUGCAUUGUAAUUUUCACUGGCUUCACAUUAUGCAUUCACAUUUUGAUCAACGAUGUCCUUGAAUGAAAUGACGAGGAACUCUGCUCUGUAAAUAUUUUCAAUCCAAGGCAUAUUUUUUUAUUUUAUAGGUCUGAAAUUGACACCAGGCGAGCGAUGGAGAGCCUCACAGGGCACUUGACAACAUCCCAGAGACAGGCCUCGGUGAGUUAUAGCUGAGCAUUUCUCCAUAAAUUCUUAAAGUAGGCCUUCCAGCUCUGUGCGCUUCAGAGUAAAAGUUAAUGCAACCUGGAUUUAAGGAUGCCAGAUCACAGAUUGCCAGAUUUCUUUCCUGAUAAAAAGAAAACUGCCACAGACCAGUGGCAUCUACUUCUAUGAAAGUCACUUUUCUGAAGUCCAACUUUAGCAAAUGAUUUAGCAUCAUUUACUGUCACAUGACUUCUCACUGCGCCGUCACGGCUGUGAUAAAUAUGCUGCACCAGAAGACAUCCACCAUGUUUAAUAUUUUUUAUCUUGUCAUGUCUGUGGUCGUGACAAGAUAAAGGUAUUAGCUGUCUCUUACAGUUGGAUGCGAUAUUUCCUGAUUAGACCAGGAGUUUCUUGCAUCCUAAAUGUAAUACUUCCCGUCAGUUCUCGGAGAUAUUUUUGUCAUCGACUCUUUUAAUUUCCUGGUGUCUCAUUUAUCACAUUGCGCCGCCAUUCCUGCACGGGCUAUGUUUGUGUGACCCGAUGUGUCCUGUCCUGCAGGUGACGUCUCGCGUUGAGCGGCGUCUGCAGGAGCUGGAGAGAGAGAUGCACGCCGGGGAGAGAGAAAGGAGGGCCGAUCAGCGGGCGGCCAUGUCUGAUGAGCUGCAGGAGGUGACGCUCUUGUCCAUUAGUCAUCUGCUGUGAUAGCGCCAUACGACACCUCCCAGUCGACACUCUUACACUCUGUAACACAAAGAAAGCAUUCAGCAUAUUAAUUCUAAGAUAUUACAAUGAGGCACUCAAGGCAGAGCUAUAUUAAAUAGAUGUGAAUGUGUCAGAUUUAGGAGGCUUAUUGUCAACAGGUGGAAGUGAAAUCAUAAACAGCACACUAGAUCAGCUUGUCUAUUUGUGUUGCUCUUGCUAUUCAGAUAAAAAAAAAACAUAGUUAUUAGGGCUGGGACGAUAUGCUUUUCUCCCGAUUCGAUUCUUGUACGAUUUUUUGGAUGCCGAUUUGAUUUAAAUUGCGAUUCUAUGAUAUUGUCGAUUUUCUCGAUUUUUAGUCUGCAUUUUUAACACUGGGGAAACAGUUGAAUGAUUAUGAUUGUCUACUGACUAUUCCAAGAACCAUAUUCCCCCCCCCAGAAUACACAUCACAUGUUGGUCAGUUUUUAGGAUUUAUUCUUACAUUUGAAAAAAAAACGAUUUAAAAAUUGUAAAACAAAAAAUUGCCAUACUUAAAUGAAUCGAUUUUUUUCUCCCACCCCUAAUAGUUUUGGGUUUCGACCAGUCAUAAUCAAAUAUUUAUCACAGCCGAUGAGUGAGACAGCCAGGUAACACAUACAUAUAUGAUAAUAUAACCCCCCUGAUGUUGUAGUGAGAUAUGAGACGCCAAGUCUAACAGUCCUCUGUAUACUGUAUGUCCUACGUCUGCAGUGCCGUAGGCGCAGCAGCUGAUGCAACGAAUCACCAAAGAUAACCGUUAGAUUUCAUGUCUUGCGUAAGUGAGCCUCCCCUCUGGUAUCAGGAGAAGUCUGUGCUCUGCAUAGAGAGGGUGCUGAGGGUCCUUCAGGAUGGCUUUUGCCUUCUGAAUGGCUCUUCACUCGCUCCUGUCAACACUGACUCUGUGGCAUAACAAUGAAGGCAGUCAAAAUAUAGUAUCUAAGACAUUAAUAGUGCCUGUUAAACUUAUUUUCUCAUCUGCUCCUGGUCUCAUGCAGGUACCUCUUCAGUCUGCUUUAUCGGCUGGGAAUCACUGCGUAAUCUGAGACCAACCUACUGUAGAAAUUUGGUUUAUCUACGGUGUUGCCCCCUUAAUUAGCAGUCAUCUUCUUAUCACAGCAUGUUGGUUUUUCAAAGUAAUCAUACAGACUGCCGUGACUCAAACACCAACUCGUCUAUGGAUGCUAACAUUAAAAAUGUCAUGAGGAUGUGUCACUGCCAGUUCUGACAGUGUUAAAAAUGAAAGCUGGAACACCAAGCCAUCCGUGCUGACUAAUUAUUAUUCACCUUUAGAAAACAGAAUUCAGAGAAGACCGCAAACUGUUCUCUGUAAUUGGUGUGAUUAGUUAUCUUAGCCACAUAAUUAAACACCGGAAUAUUUGCGUUUGUCAAAGCACUAACAAGCGAUGUGUGCGUCACAGAACUCACAGAAAUACAUGUCCUCUUGGAGGGUUAUCUCUCUACAGUGACAGUCUCCUUUGUCUGGUGAAGCGGUGGACUCACUUUGUCACCAAGCAAAGUGAGUCUUAAAAAAACCUAGGCUGCUACUUUGAUCAAGUAAAAAUGGUCAUUAAGCAAGUAAUUACUACUUCCUGUGUGUCGUGCCAGACAUGUUUUUUUAAUCCCUUUUUGAGUGUUGAUUUUCUCUUAACACAUUAAUAGCUGUCAGAGCUCUGAUAGGUGCACUUUCAUGUUGUAGAUUCACUGCUAAUACAGUUUGUAAAGGACACAGUAGUUUGUCUCAUCGCAGAGCUGAUUUACAUUCAUGUGAGUGUUAUUUUAUAUCUGAAAUGACAGCACAUUUAUUCCUCAUUAACCAAGCUGGACGACCUCGUUUUGUAUGUGCAGAGGAUUGCCAUGACAUCAGUCUUUUUAAAGUCUCCCACAGGAUUUCCACACAUCCUGCAGUUCACAUACAGACCACAGAGGGGCACUGUGGAGCUGUAUCCCAGACUGAUUUUUUUUUUUCUCCCUCAGCCAGACUUUUUCAGAACACUGCGUAAUGAUAGUAGCUACUCAUUCAUUUGCAUCCCUCUCUUCCGUAGUGCCCUAAUGGGACACCAGCAGGGCCCGGGGCGAUGGGAAAUAACGCAUUUGUCCAAAAAAUUAAGGGUAAAUAAACAAGCAUAAGGAAAUGAAGAGGAAAAUAAUCUCUUUUACUACUAAAGAGCAGGAGAGGAAGGAGAGCAGAGGGCACAUUUAUUCCCCACCGAUGGGCCCGCUGUGAUCUGAAUCAAAUAGAUGAUGAGUCACUUGGGUAGAUGUUAUUGCUAGCAGCCGCUAAUUCAUCACCAUAGCCUGUUCAGAAUGAGGGGGAUCUAAGCUCCUCAGCAAAUCCACCAUCAUCCCAGUAUCAUGUUCUAAGAGGAGAGGCAGGGAGGUGAUGUAAUGCAACGGCACCUCUUCCGUCUCAUUUUUACACCACUUUCAUAAGUGUGCUUCUAUUAUGAUACAUGCUGAGACUUGCAUAUUGUGUUUUUCGCAGACUUCUGGACGACGCCAAAUUCAAGCCCAGGAGAGAGAGGGAGCCAUGACGGACAGGCUGCUGAAGGCGGAGAGGGAAAAGUUCAAGGUAGAGCUGUGAAAUGUGGAAGAAAUGUAUUCAGAGAAGCAAAAAGCGUUCGGUCUAUUAUUUUAACGUUUUACUGCAAAAUCUCUGCUCUAAAAUCUGCAUAACAAAUAAAGGAAAUAAGAUACUUCCUUUACCCAUUCCCUUAUUCCCCAUUUAUUCCUUUCUGAGGGCAAGAAGAGCAAAAAUAAUGAGAGUAGAAAACAAAAUUAGUCGUGGUAAUAAAAAGUACUGUAUUUUCUGGACUAUAAGUCGCACCAGCCAAAAAAUGCAUAAUGAAGAAGAAAAAACAUGUACUGGUUUAGGUCGCAUUUUUUGGGGGAAAUUUAUUUUACAAAAUCCAAGACGAAGAACAGACAUUUCAUCUUGAAAGGCAAGUUAUAAUAAUAAGAAUAGAAUAGAGAACAACAGGCUGAUUAGGGGUACAGUGUGCUAACGUAACACGUUGGUGAUUCAGCUACAUGAAGCACAAACAAUGAACUCAAGAGAUUUCUGGUAUGUUACUGUAACGUAUUAACAGUUAUUCAGAUAACUAUAGUAUACUAAAAGCUGACAAAACAAGUUUACCAAACUCUCAAUGUCACUCCAAAUCACUAAAUCUAUCGAAUUCUUCAUCCUCUGUGUCACUUCUGAACAACUCCGCCAACUCCGGAGGUGAACAAAGCGCCGCUUCCUCUUCUGCAUGACUGUCGUCAGACCAUAUGUGAAAUUAUAUAUUUUAAUAUAUAUAAGUUGCACCUGAGUAUAAGUCACAAACCUAGCUUAACCAUGAAAAAAAGUGUGACUUAUAGCCUGGAAAAUACGAUAAGUGUAAAAAGAUAAACAAAAGAAGUAACAGCUGAGCUAUUGAAAGUAAAUGUGUGUUUGAAAUAAAGGGAUGUGUGGAGCAGCAUCCCUCUAUUUCAAAAGUAUUGCACCCCUGGUCAGGAGAGAGUGACAGAGGGCAUUUACACGGGGUCAGGCAUGCAUCAUCUUCUCUAGUAGUGUAUGAGAUGUCCUCCAGAGGGUUAGGCUCUGAGGUUGAAAUACUUUUUCUAGACUGGGAGAAGUUCAGAACAAAUAGACAGGGGAGUUAUUAUGUUAAGUUUGUCACAGUGGGUAGAAACGAACAGCUCGGCUUUUGAUGCAUCCUGUGUGCAAUUUUGAACAGCAGUGGACGGUGACAGGCGCUACGGGACAUUACGUGUAUUAAUGACAGGAUAGAUUCCUUCUAAGGUUACGAAUUUUAGGCAUUUCCCCCCGAUUACUCUUCAUGAAUGUUAAUCAUCAGUUGUCAAUUGCUUUACCCAAACUAUCAAUUAUGUAAAAGCUCAACACUGCCAGUGGUGGAAAAGUGGUAACAUUUAGUCUGGCACUACUAAUUCCUGAAACAUUUGAUCAUUAGCUGUUGUCCUGAUAUUGUUUUUUAUGUGCUCCUUAGAUGGACCAGGAACUGGAGAGAUCCAGGAGACGUCUUGAACAGUCUGAGGAGAGCAGGGAGUCCCUUGUUCAACAGGUUUGUUUGUGUCUUUGUGGACUGUGCCCAACUGUGUAUUUAGAUGUUCAGUUAACCUCAGGGGAUGAAGCAAUAACCAGUGCAAUGACUUGUCAGGGUAUACCUCAGUGCUGUUCUGCCAGCUCCCAGACAGUCAGAUGUCUUUCUCUGUGUUGACUUACUCGGCUGAUGAUCCGCAGGUGGAGGAUAUGCGUGGCGAGCUGCUCAGGAUGACGAAGGAGAAGAAUGAGCCUCAGAGGGCCCGGCUGGAGACGUCUCGGCCCGUUGCUCAGCCACAUGGCAGCUACUAUGACAGGGAGGAGGGAAGAGGUGGACAGGAAGGUUCAGGUACUGAAUAUAGUUCUGGAUAAAGAGGCACGGAGAAGGCAGAAGAUUUAGACGCAGGUCGAAACAGCUGGGUUAAAACUUUGCUCUGCCAACUCUGUGACCAAAGAAAUAGCUGGUACUAUUCUGUGUUAUUGUUUUGUAUCAAUUUCUGCUCGGAGAAAAUCUCCAGACAGCACACUUGCUUUACCAAUAGCUGGAUCAAAUUACCUGUAAGGGCAGGGGAACGAGUGAAUGCAGGGCAGUGGAGAGAGAAAACCUUGAGAUCAGCUACAGGGCCAGGUAGAAUCAAGACAAAACAAGUGAAGUGUCUGAGGGACCAGAGAAUUGAUUGGACUACAGUGCCGAGAGUGGGAGGAGAAAAAAAAGUCAAAUGUGUGAUCUCAAAAGUGGAGAAAAUUGAGUGUAGGUAGAAGAAAAGUACUGAAAAUCUGACUUAUAAAUAUCUUUCUGUUGCUUGUUAUGGUAUUGAUUUUUGUUCAAAGGCUUUGGAUACAGUACCCUGAUAUAAAACGGGUAUCUUCAACUCAUCAACAUUUUCAGGGUCACUAUUGUUGGAAUAAAGAUGGUGAAAAGACGAAAACUGACAUAUCACCAAUAGUACCCACUGUGCAUCAUCAUCUUUGUUCAUGAAAUCCUGCCUCCCUCACAUCUCCUUUCUCGUCAUUCCUAUUCUGUUCACGACUAUCGACUCGUAGUCUCCCCCAGGUGACAAAGUGAAGAGAUUGACAGUGAGUUAUGCAUAUGAACAUCUAGUCUGUAAAGAGGUAAACAAUAUUUAGAGUAAGCAGAUAAAAAUAGUUUAAAAUAGACUCUUACCCUAAAGAAAUGUGGUCUUAUUCGAUAGUUGGGCUUGACUCACCAUCUUCCAUAUUCUAAUAAUAUUAACUAAAACGUAUUUUUCCUCGUCUUAUACAUGCUUUGUAUACUGUAGUUAUCCUCCAGCUGAGCGACCCUGAAAAUAUGAAAUUCUGCGUUGUUUGUGUAGCCCACCUACAGGGAAAACUCAGCUUUACCAGCACUUUUGAAUCGCCUCCUGUGGCGUUGUAAUAAAAAGAAGUAAUUUGCAUAGGCAUGCACGCCGAAUCACUCCCAAGAGUAAUUCAACUUCCCUCUGUACUGGUAUGGUUUUGCCUUAUCAUUGCAAAGCCAAGAUUUCAAAGGUAAGAGUGUGGCACAACAACUACAAAACAAACCCAGGUGUCUACUUUUUACCCCUUCGUAGCAUGACCAAAGAGAACAGUGAUUGCUUUUACUUUUUAACAAGGCUGUACCAGCUACAGUUGGAGCUAAUUUGUUUGUUUGCGCAGACCACUUUACCCCCGGACUGCUUCAACAACCACAUAAUUGUGAGACAUGAAGGCAAGAAAGGAGGAAUAACACUCAAAGUUUAACCCUACCACUCAGAGACAUGCUGCUUUAACUGCCCCCGGCAGCACUUCAGCAGUUGCUUCCUCCUGUUUGGGGAUCAUACAUGAAAAGCACCGGUACAAGUUUUUCAGUAGCACUCAUAAUGGUUGUUUUGGUGUUUUUUACACCUCUGCAUCCAUCUGCACCAGUCUUUGCCCUUCCCCCUCAGCACAGCGCCCUAUCAUCAGCAUCCCUGCCUGCAGAGAUAACAGCAUGAAUUAUGAAGUAAGAAACUGAGAGGCUGCAGAUCCUCCAGGGAGUCUGAAUUUGUGAUAUCAUGUCUGUGACUAAUCACUGGGCUGUAAGGUUUGGUUGAGUUUUAGUUUAGUUUUCAACCUCGUAGUUUUAGCUUUAUGUUAGUUUAUAAAUAAAUCUAUAUACGCAGCUUGUCAAAGAACUAGAAAAGGACACUUCAAAGUAAGCUGAGUAAGGCAGUACCAUGCACUUUCUCUCCUACACCGGUAGAUUUCAAUCCGAACAUCUCUUUUAUAACUCGUGUUUAUGUGUAUAGACCGUGUAAGCCUGGAAAAAGAAGUAGCAGAGCUGAGAGCCCAGCUGAGCAAAGCCUCAGUCCUCAGGGACGUUGAAGAACUGAAGAGAGCCCUGGAACUCAAGGAGAAGGAGAGGGUCCAGCUCAGCUUUCAAGUUGAGGUGAGUAUCAAGAAAACGCAUGUUGCCGUGGAGAUGACAAGUGCUGAUUAGACGAGUGGGUCAGGGAUUACUAUCCAUGACAUUACUUUGCCGUCGAGUUGGCUGUCUCUCCAUCACACCCUGAAGAAUAAAUGGGAAAAAAUUGAGGAUCUCUCAUUUGGAGCUGACCCUUUUGACUUUGCCGGUUUUCCCGUCUUUUACCCCGAGAAGGGUUUUCUCAGUUCGCGCGUCCUCUUUCAUCUGUGGUCUUCAUCCUCCGCCAACUCGAAGCCACUUGAUGCCCCUGAAAUCGUCAGAUCAAGUAACAGUUGGAAUAGGAGAUCAGAAAUUAAACCGGCAGUCAUUUAUGCUCCUCAAACUGGUGCGAUGUGUCGCUUCCAUCAGCGUAUGAAGACAUAAAAAAGAAGCAGAAAAACGAGCAAAAUUCUCUUGCUUAACAGGAGAAUUCAAUGCUCUAGUGGAUAUCAAUAAAACCUAAGUAGAAAUAGCAGCACUUAAAGCAUUGGCACAUUCCUCUCAUCUCUGAUGUUUCUUUCACUGACUGUUUUUUUUUUAAACUCCCACGCUUCCCUCAUUGCCGAGUAGGUGUUAAGAGAAGAAGUCGGUGUUUGCGUGUAUCACCUGGGGGCACCUCUUAUGGUUUUUUUGUCAAGAUCAAAAUAGACGUUGAAAAAUGUUUCACUUAAACGGCAAAUGAGCGAAAACCAAGUAUAAUGACAAGAAAAAGCUAGGAGAUUCAAUUUUGCAGUGACUGAAUUUAUUUAGCGUGUAAUAGGGCUAUGACUAAUCAGGCUAUGUCUAAUUACUGCUAACUGACAGGCUUAUUCAGUACACGCCGCAUCAGGCGAACCUGACAUGCCCCUUUCUUUAGACUUCAAUCAAACUUGGAACUUCAAAGUGAUUGUGAUUUUGUCGUGUUAAGCUAGUGGAACCCAGAAUGCUUUUUCAGACCAGCCUUGCAGAUAAUCCAAUCGUAGGCAGCUUGUAAACACAGUCCGCUCCGUCUUCGACCUUUCUGUCUUUACCUUUCGUCCUCAUCUUUGUCUGCUGUGCCCUUUCUCUAAAAAUCCCCCACCCCAUCUCUUGUUCUCUGCUUCCACCCCUUAUAUUUCCUUUCCUCUCUUUCGUUGCUCUAAACCCACUCAUUCCUGCUCCUUUUCUCUUUUACUCCCCCCCUCUCUUUCUGACUUUUUCCCUGUUUGCAGUAGAUGAGACACAAACUCACAUCCGCCCUUGACCUUUCUCUUUUCUGUACACCAGGAAUUGUCAUCAGACCUGGCACGGCGGGAGCAGCAGCAGCUACGAAUGCUUGAACAGUUGAGGGACAUACAGGUAUUUUAUUAUUGCUUAUUGCAGCCGACUGUAAUUCAUCAGUGGUAAUUUAAUUCAAGGACUCGGAACAAGAGGUGCUUCUUCUAGUGGCAAUUUAAUUUGACAGCAAUUUGUGUGUGAGUUCACGACUAAGUGUGUAAAGAAUUGAAAAACUUAUGCUGCAGUAAUGAUAUUUCACAGGAGGGGGUUCAGUGGAAAUAAAAAAAACACCGGUUCAGAUGAUUAAAAAAUUAAACUUCUCCACUUAUAAACUCUCCUCCCUUCAGAGCCAAAGGCAGGCAGAGAGGAGGGAGACAGAGGAAUUGAUCCAGGAGAGCUCCAGGAGCAGAGAUGAAUUGAAGACCAGAGCCCAAGAGGCCGUGCGCCAGUGGAGGGCAAAGUGCAGGAGACUUCAGAAGGCGCUGGAGGAGGAGCAGGCCCAGGCUCAGUUCAAUACCGACAAAGCCUCUCAGGUCAGUUUACGGAGUUGUUCGAGAGUGGGAAUGCUGCAAAUGUCUUCAGUGCAUAACAAGUCAGGACUGAAGUCAGGCCAGUUUAGCACCCAGACUGUGCAGAGUCAGAGCAGAAGAUUCCACCAUAAUAUCCAGGAAGAAUGCCAGAGUAGGAUUAUUCAAACCUCAUGACAUUUUCCACUUUGCCUCAAUACAUCUUGACUGGAUUUGAACCCAGAGAAGACCCCCAGCAUUUCUGGAUCAUGUUUAUGUAAGAGUCCCUCAGUUUUAACCCGUAUUUAUUUAUGCAGUGAGAAGUUGAAAUCCCACAAUUCUUUUUUAUUUUGACAUCCUGAAACAUAAUUCUAAAAUUGCUGGACUAUUUGCCCACCCAGUCUGUCACAGAAUAGUGAAACACCUUUCAGUUCUGACUCUGCAUCUCUUGAAUACCUGUUCUCAACUCUUUUGAAACAUGCUGCUGGAAUCAAAUUCCAAAUGAGCAUUGUAUAGAUUUUUUCGUAAAACAAGUCAAACAAGUGUCAGCAUUUGAUUUGUUGCUCUGUUUUCAAUUCAUGUAGGAUCUUCGUGAUAUUAUUAUUUCGCCCAGGAAGUAGGGUUGUGCAUGAAUCUGUGUUGUUGGAUGCCUAAUCUAUCAUUAAAAGAACUAAUUGUACCUCUCACUGGCAGCACGCAGGUUUGAUUGUCUUUGUUAUUCCAAUAUAAGCAAAAUGUAAAAACACAAUUUGCACUGGAUGUAUAAAAGACUUACAUAAUUAAACAUGCCGUAUUUUUACAGCCAGGCAUGGCUGUUAUUGUUUUUGUACAUUAGAGUGUAACUGGCUCAGGGUGUCUGCCAGAAUACCAAUCAAAACUGCUCAGCAGUCAGCUGCUUUCUUGUUGCUGUUGGCAGCAGUCGCUGUUUUGGCAUAUCUAUGAAACAAGUGAAAAUUCUUUGUGGUUGCAAAGAUUCCAGCAAAAGUAAAUUGGGCGACAUUGAAGGAUAACACUGGAGCUUAUUGAAAAGUUAUCAGUUGGCAGUGUUUGGUGCCUACAGCUCAAUUACAGGUCUAUUCACUGGCUCCUAGCAAGUCUGUCUCUAACAAUCAGAAUGUACCGCUGUUGGCUGAGCUAGUGGCGAGCCAGCUGGCACGACUGUUAUCAACGACUAAAUAUUUUGGUUGAGUUUUCUUCGCAGUUAAGUUUGGAUCACGCUUCGCAACUUUGACUUUGACAGUGUGCUCUAAAAAGCAAUCAAUAAUGUCCUUCCUGAAAAGUAUUUCUCAGCUCACUGGUACAAUGAAUUGCAGGGAUGCCAACAGCAGCGAAAAGACAAAACUUCUCUCCCCUGAAUUCUCUCUGUGCAGCACAGUAGACACAAUGUUAGUAAAUCACUUAUCAACAUGGAAAAUCUGCUGUUAACUUGAAUGUUAUAUUUUGAGUAUUUGUCGCCUCUCCUUCCAUGGCUUUGUCUGUAUAGAGUAUGAGGGCUGGGUGAUAAACCGAAUACUUACUGAUACUGAAAUUUACGACAAUAACCGUCAUUUUGCCCAUAUCGGUAUAUUCGCUGUCAAAAUAAAUAAAUAAAUAUAAAUUGGUUUUGGAUGUGUGUAGGUAGGCUAUGGUCUCAUGUCCCUUUAAGACGCUGUUCUACGUCAGAGACGUGACUCCACCCCAUCCAGUCCGUAACAAAGAGGGAAAGACAGAUGAGGAGAUGGAGGACGGUUCAAAGUAGCAGCUGAAGUAGACGAAGUAAAUGUGGAAUGAGGUGAGCUGCUUGUGGAGAAGUUACCGUCCAUUUAUUGUUAUGGAGGUGAACUGCUCAAUAGAUCGUGACAUUGAUUUGAGGCCAUAUAGCCCAGCCCUACUUCCAGAUUUUCUUAACAUUCAGGAAAAAAGAAAAUGCCACGUUCAGUCCUUAUAGAUGGAUCCAGUUUUAGUUGGAAGGACUGAAGGACUGAAUGAUGGGUUAAUAUCAUUGAGAUUAGCUGUUCACGUUCAGUCACAAAUACACAAAUAAGAAACCUGAUAUUUUCAUCAUCCUACUGUAAAACCUAAACAGAACAAAGUGUGUGAAUGUUUAAUGCAGACCUUCACCCAAUCAUUUGAUUUUCAUUUUGCUUCAAUAGGACGAUUGUCAGUUUCAUCCAAACUCAUCAUAAUGUAUUUUGAAACACCUUUUUAAAGUUUUAACCAAAUAUGAAGUCAAGUACUACAUUUUACAAGGUGUGUUACAGCUGCUAUUCUCUGUCAAAUCAUUAAAAGCCUACUCUUAUUAUAAGCUGAAAGUCACCUCCCUGUCAUUUCCAUCCAUUUGAACUGAGUGAGUCACCUCCAAACUCCCAGUCAGCAGCCUCGCUCCCCACAUACAGAGAGACAGACCGACUCCCACCUGGCAUAGUCGACGUGACACGAAUUAAUUACAAAAUCAUUUCUGCCCCCUUAAUGAAUUAGGGGAGAGAAUCAAGUGCUCAAUUAAAUGAUUAGGUUCUGAGCUACAGCAAAGUCUUUGCAAAUUCCAGUCAAAGCCAGAGUAUUAGAAGCAAUCUGCCUUGAACAGACCUGACCAUUGUCCCUUAUCAGGGAGCUGAGUGCCAGCGUUUUGCUAUCAGUGCUAGAGCUGGUUCUGCAUAUGUUUCUCCCCCUCUGUCUCUCUGUCACUUCCUCUCCUCCUCUCAUCAUUAUUGUUCUAGCCUUUUUUUUUUUUACACCAUCUCCUGCCUCCUCUUCAUUUGUCAUUCUUCAUUUCCUCUUGUCUUCACUCUUUCUCACCCCUCUCCCACACACUCUCCCUCUCUCUCUCUUUUUCUCCCUCCAGGCAGCCAGGGAAAAGGAGAGCUCUCAGGCCCAGCUGAAGGCGCUGAGCCAGCAGACCGAAGCGGCCCGCAGGGAGCUCGCUGAAAUCCUAGGCCGUUUGGCCCAGCGUGAAGAAGAACUCCACCGCAAGGACGUGGAGCUGUCCGAGACCCGCCAGCGCCAGUUGUCACUGGAGCAGGAAAUACAGGAGGUAGGGGGUCAAAUGUCCAGAAAUUGGAAAUGUCUUUCAAAUUACCACGGAUAUAAAAAUGACAUCUCUUUUUGCUGCCGCUGUGAGGGGUUGUAACAUUUCCACUGGACAAAGGAAGAGUCUCUGUUUCUCCUCGACUUGAGAUAGGAGAUGUCCUAACAGUUUUAUUUUAUCCAGUGAUUCUAGGAAAUGAACUUGAGUCUGAACCAGGUGUUCAUGUAUAAUCAAGUGAUCAAUUAUUAUGACUAUUAAGUCUAAGAGGAAUUUUUUCACAAACAAUCUGCUAAGAGUUGUGCUGGUCUGAGCUUGAAAACAUUUCAUUUAGGGCUGCUUGAUGAUGACAGAUAUCAUUAUAAUGAUUGUUUUGAUUAAUAUUGAAAUCACAAUCACUUAGAUUGGGCUGCUGCCUCAACAAAAAGACCAUUUUCUCCUAUGUAACAGUCCCUGUUAUACUGAAACACAACACAGCUCCUAGUAAAUGUUCUUGGAGUAUCAUGCAUUGACUACUGCAACUCCUUACAGGUGCACAGUCAACCCUCUGCAGAUGAUCCAAAAUGCAGCAGCUUGUCUGGUUUUCAUCCCAAAAUAGCUUCUGUUGACCCUCGAUGGUGGAAUGGAUUAUUGAACUUUUUCAGAUUAUCAGAUCUGCAUAUUACCCCCUGUACCUUUAAGAAAAGGCUCAAGACUUAUGUAGCGUUUGAGUUACCUCAGAAGUUAGAUGUCCGAGCUGGAAAUGACGUAAAAUACGAGGCGGAAACAAGAUGGCUACAUCUACGAAAAUUAUUUCAGCGCUUGUUAUUUUAGUUAUUUUAAGUUACUUUAGCAUCCCCUCUCAUAGAUGCAGCCAUCUUGUUUCUGCCUCCAACUUUGCUUUUUUCUGACUUGGUAAUUGAAACACUGGUAACUCGGGUGUGACGUCAAUCCCAGCUCGGACAUCUAACCUCCGAGGUAACUGGAACGUAGCAUCAACUCUUCAGAGAACACCUAUGCACUCAAGCUCAGCUCUCGUCUGUUGUCCUCAGUGGUAAAGUAGCUGAAACAAAUGGUCGUUUUUUAAAGAUAUAAUUAAACAGUUGAUAUGAUUUUUGGGCCAACUUUCCAAAAUGACCAAAAUUUAAACUUAAUUUAAAAAUUUGAAUCUUCGAAGUUUAAAAUCCUUAAUGAUGGAAACCUCAUAUAUAACAAAAACCAUGAAGAAGACCUUUGAUCAUUAUCUAACAGCGUUCUCCAACUUUAGGUGAGAGAGGCCUCUGCUGCUCUGGAGGAGGAGAUCCGGCGUCAGGCCGUCAUCAAGGCCAGACUGAAGGAAGAGAACCAAAGACUGGAGGAAAAAGCUGACUCACAAUCCCGUCGUUUUCAGAAAGACCAGGACGCCCAGGCCAAGCUCCAGGCCACCCUGAAGCAGAUGACCACAGCCAACGCACAGCUAGCCCAGCGCUUGGCAGAGGGGGAGAGCUCCAAGAAGGAGCUCCAGGAAAAGCUGAAAGCAGCUCAGGAGGAGCGAACGGCAUUUGGACAGCAGCUGCAGCUGGAGAGGGAGGUGCAUCAGAAGGAACUGGACAAUCUAAAGGCGAUGAAUGAAGACAGCAGGACAAAGAAGGAGCGGGAGGUGCAGGACUUGAUCAAGCUCUGCAAUGAGGAGCGGGAUGAAAUGCAGGCGAUUAAGGUAAGGGUGCUUUGUGGAAGAGCAAGUGUGACAAAAUCAGGCAUACUAUAUUCUUUUACACCUUAACACUAUCUAGUUAAUAGAGCUGGUAUCUGGUCAGACUAGAUUCAGGGCACAUCAGAGCUAGAAACCACUCUGAGGUGGUGAAUAAUCUGACAAAUAAACACAUUUUUUUCAUGUGUUGAACCAUAGAGAUAUAACACACUGGGUAAUUGGCUUUAAUUGCAUUUUCCUUGAAUAUAUAUGCUAAACUGUGUUAACUGGGUGCCGCCUAAAGCUAGGAAAUUUGUAGCAGACAUGAGGGAGUAUAAAUAAUUUAGCAGCAGUUCUUAGUUAAGGGCAAAUACAUCCCAAAAUGUCAAACUCUCCCUUUAAAUGUACCUACAGGCCUCUUCCAUAAAGCAUAGCUGAGCCCUGGAUUAUGUAUCAGAUGUGACAAAUUUGUCAAAUCAUUCGAGAUGUCAAGGUCAUAAACCAACCAGAAAGAUGAGGUUUUCUUUGCACACAGGCAUGGAUCACAGAGCGCCGCACUCUAAUUGACAUUUACACUCUUAUUGGCUCAGACUCCACAUUCAGCACGGGGUAACAUGCCUCAGCCACUAAACAUCUGGCGUAUUUCCGACUCAGCGAGACACAGACAAAACUCUCAUUUCGGCUCAUUUUCUUUAUUGGCCGGGGCUGCGUCCUCCGAGUGCGGGUGAAUCGAGGAUAGCUGAGCCCUUAAUGGUGUGUGGUGCCCCGUGGAUCCUCACGGCCGCUCCUGAGCUCAUAGCGUGAAUAUUUAAAAACCCCUGAUAUCAGACCUCAGAAGUCUCAUCAAGCAGUGCUCGAGAUACAGGAUUCCUCUCCACUCAGUCCCUCAGUGCCCUCCCCACUUCAGUAUCUCCAGUUAUGAGCCCUCGUGAGUACAUUGUUUCUUAAGGGGCAUGGGCCUCCCUGAUACGGUUGAGUUUAGCCCAUUAGCUGUGCUGAACGGCAUUAAUAUCUGACAUAGCUCAUUGUAAUAGUGUCAUUUCCGAGUGCGGUGGGGACAAGGGCGUUUGCUCGGAUGUUUUUAAGUAGUAGCCUCCGGGUACUGCAGAUGUCCCUAAGAAGCCCACCCAAUAUUCACACAGCAUCGCCCCAAGCCUGUAUUAUGCGUUUGAUACAGUCAACUGUCAGAAAAAGCUUAAAUAUUCUGAUUUCUUGUCCUUGUCCUCUCACUCCUGAUUUCUCCUCCACUCUAUCUCCCCUUUCUCUGUCUUAAUCCCCCUCUUACUGCCUCCCUCCAGUUCUAAUUCUGCAUUCUCCGUCUGUUUUUCCCUCUCUUCUCACUUCCAGCAGUUCCGCUUUUCUUUUUUUUUCUUUUUUACGUGUCACUCCUGUAACUCCCAGUCUUCAAUCACUGUUGUUUAUUCCACUUUUCCGUAUCUUGAGCCGUGUUAAAUGAUGUGAUCAUUAUAGAUCAGAGGCUCGUAUUUGAGGCUUGAUUUGCUUUGCAAGCCUCAGCUGGACGGAGACGGAGACGGGGAUUACGGACAUGAUUUUAGAGUCUUGUCAAAAGGAUUUACUCAGUCUCAUGACCUUUGAUGGUCCCCGUUUAUGCCAGACUGUACCUGGACCUGACUGGAUAUCCUUUAUGAAUGUUCAGGGUCCCUUUGUAAUUCUCUUGUUUUAUAUAUAGGAUAAUUUACUUGCGUUGCUUCAGGUCAGUCUAUUGGCAAUUUAAAAACUAACUUUGAGUCAUAUUCCUGAUACAUUUUAAGGUCUCAAACAAACUGAUUGAGGUUAUACUUUUACUUAAUGAGUCGGCACGAUCUGAAACUGUUAUCAGCGUAUCAUCUUUUAAACAAAUCCACUCUCUACCAGGCAGAUGCAGCGUCAGACAAGGAGCUGUGUAGGGCACUGCGCAUCAACUUGGACAGGAUGAAGGAUGAGUGUGAUAAGCUGGCAGCUCAGCUGAGCACAAAAGACGGGGGACAUGCACUUCUCCAGAGAAAGUACCAGCUACUCAAACAGGAACUGGAUGACAAAGUAAGCCCUGCUUCCUCUGUCAUGUUAUACCAACACAAUGAGUCAUGUUGGCGUGAUACUUCCAACGCAGACAGACGAGGGUCUGUUAUAUCCACCAUUAGCAGAAGCAUUAUUAAGGGGACAAUAAAAGGACAAACUGUGAGGACAUGUUCGCCUUCAGCAGCGGUUACAGUUCUAACUCUUAAAGAUCCAUACUCCUGACUGACUGUGUGGGUUUCACAUUGUUACUUUGACAACUUAUAUAAUACCGUCUAUGUGGUACAUGAGGAGGAAAACAAGAGACCUCCUUUCUUUUUGUUUUAGAUUUUUAGAAAAGUACAAGAACAUGAAAACCCAAGACGGUAUAAUAAACAGAAAGGAAGUGACACAUGGUUGGCGAAUGCCUCAGGAGAAAAAGUUCUUCCAACUUUAUGGUAAUAAAUAAAUGUUGAUACUUCCAGGUGCUGUUAUUAGUUUAUACAAAUACACAAAGGGACAUAGACACUAGGGCUGGGCGAUAUGGCCUCCAAUCAGUAUCACAAUAUAUUGAGCAGUUCACUUAAGAUAACGAUGAAUGGGCGAUAACUACUCCACAAGCUGCUCACCCCCUCCCACAUUAACUUUGUCUGCUUAAGCCGCGACAACUUUUGAACCGCCCUCCAUCUCCUCACCUGUCUUUACCUCUUUGUUAUGGACUGGAUGGGGUGGAGUCACGUCUCUGACAUAGGACAGCAUCUUAAAGGGACAUGAGACCAUAGCCUACUUACACACAUCCAAAACCAACUUUUUAUUUAUUCAUUUUUGACACCAAAUAUACCAAUAUGGGUAAAAUGACAUCGGUUAUUGUCGUAAAUUUCGGUAUCUAAAUUUUUGGUUUAUUGCCAAGCUCUAUAAAGGGACAUAGACACACAUAACAUACAGUAGUACACAGCUUUGAACCCAGAAACCUCCUGAUACAUCCCGAUAUAUCCACUAAGAUCCCAAUCUAAGGGUCUCGAGUAGCCAUGGGGAGAGGCACCCCUGGGUCUGGAGGCGUGUGACAACAAGACUGGUUUCACUUUAGGGCUUUUUGUUCAAAAUGCAAACAGACAUGAGGAGAUAAAGGGAAGGACAUUAUCAUGUAAAGGAACAAAGGAUUAACGCCAACAUGAAUCAGAGACAGUUUCAAGAGUCUGACAAGUGUCACAUCAAAUCUUUUACUGAAUAUCUCUUAUCUGACAUCAUUUGAGAGAUGAUCUUACACCAGAUCUUAAUAUAGAGGAGGGUUAUCGAGAGGCCAUGCUUAGGUUAUAACCUUUAAGUAUCCUAUUCCCCCUCCUUCCCUUCUCUCCUUACAUGGUGGGGAUAUCUGCUCCAGUCAUGUGAUCAUGCAAACCUUUAAGGUUAAACGGAGCCACAUCAGCACUAUUUUUAGAGGGGCCUUAUCAAUACACCCUUUGGUGUUUUACAGCUGUAGAGGUUCUCUAUUUACCUCUCUGACAGGUACCUGAUAAGUUGUUAAGGGCUCUUUGGGGGGAUCUAUGUAUUGAUCAGGAAUUGGGUGAAAAGAGAAAAGGGUCUUUUAUUAAUGUAACAUGGUGGUUUAUCAUCCCAAGGACAGGAUAAUGAUCCACACUCCCUAAUCAAAUGGUUCCUGUGCCUCUGACAUAUUGAUCGUUUGUCCUGGUUGGGACCAGGGAACUAUUGAUAUUGUAGGCCAGAGAGGGAAGCUUAACCAGGUCUGUUUGUGUCGGAGGAUUCUGUGUCUCUCUGCUGCCCCAGGUUCAGCUUUCUGUUAUUAUUGAAUGUGUUUGCAUGAUCACAUUAAUCUGAUUACUGGGACUUAUCAAGUUAUGAUAAUAAUCUGAUUAUAUGUGUUUACAAGCACUUCAUUAAUGCAUCAUUAGAAGAUUCUUAGUGAUUCUGAUUAUUCGGCUCAGACAGAAUUGGCUUUUUUAGCCUUAAAACAGCUCUCCGUAAUGAGUCAAAGGUUUUAAUGAUCGAUAUUCAGUGUAAAAGUGAAUAAAAAGGCUGUACUGAUACUUAACAAUCAACAGAGGUGUGAAAAAUAUUCAUAUCUGUCUUCGAGUCGAGGAUUUUGCUGCGUUCUUCCAGCUCCUGCUCACCAUGUUUGCCAAGAACUUUUUCUUUCGUUUCUACAUCUGCUCAUGUUUCUUUUUUUUUGCAACAACCCUGUGCAACACAAGAAAGUAAACUGAAAACAAACAAACAAACAAAACCAAUGAGAAUAUUCAAAACAACAUAUCAAUAAUCAAAGCAAAAAACAUAAACAUUAACAUAAAAAAUACUACUAAUAAUAAUGUGAACCCAACAUGUCCGAAAAGGAGUAGGCUAAGCGUAGUGCUUUUUUCAAACCUACCCCUUCUCUGCUACUCAAUACAGUCAAUCUCCAGCAUAAUUACAUUAUAUGAACAAAAAUUAGAACAUAAAUAGAGUAAAUAAGUUCAUAAAUCAUUUAUGAAAACACCUGGUGGUUAAAGCCCGUCUUCCUCCAUGUUUUUGUACUGCUAAAACCAUGUUUUUAUACUGCUUUUGUAAAUUCCUCACUCAUGCAUUUUUAACAAAACAAAAGAAACCAGAUUAUAACGUAUGCAUGCACUGAUUGAAUCAGAUUAUUGGGUAAAAACCUUGGUGUGUUGAUUCUAUUUUUAAUAAUCUGAUAAUGGGCUUUAUCUGAUAAAGAAUAACAGAUUAUACUGCUUACAUGACCACUCGAGUCAUCAGUUAACUUAAGAAAUCAGAUGAUAAUUGGUUUAUUAGUGUGCAUGUGAACACACUCAGUAAUGUGUUAAUAAUAAACUGGAUUUGGUCUCAUUAAAAUGAACUUGGUUUUCUCCUCCCUGGAAUUUCUCUGAUUACCUUUUGAAAAAUCCGUCGUAAUAACUUCCCCCUCUACUGUCUUUGGCGAUAACAAUAAAAAACACAGUGAUGGCUGAUCUGCAGCUCCAUUAUACCACGCUCUGCUUUCUCCCGUCCCCCACAGGUCAAGUCAGGUGAACGAAGACGUGCCUCAGAGUCGGAGCUUGUUAAGCUGGAAGAAAAGGUUCUGCGGUUGGAGUCUGAGCGAGAGGCAGUCCUCACUUCUCUGGGUGAGGAACUAGACACAGCUUGUCGGAGUCUUGCUAGGAAUGGUGAAGACAAACUGCAGGUAUUGACUUCAUUACAUUUUUUACACUUUUAAAUCAUUGGAAAGUGUGUGUUUGUGUUUGUGUUUAGAGCUUGAGUGAGCAGAUUUUGGCCCCUCUAGAGCCAAAAAGAAUCCCCAAAAUACAGUCACAAACAAAACAAAACAAAAUGUUGAUAUUCCUUUCACUUGAGCGGAGAAUUAUUGGUAAACUCUGCUGGCACUGGUCCAAUAUUGACUUAUAAUUCAGCUCUGAUGGUCCAGCAACUCCUGAGAAAAACAUUUGGGUCAAUAGUUUGCUCAGUGGUCAAGUAUAAAAACUGGUACGCUGUUUGUUCAGCUUUGAGUGGGUUCAAACAAAAAACAAAAACACAGUUUCCUCAGUUUGAUGCUUUGUGUUAAGGUGUAGACGUAAACUGUUUUCUACAUAGACCCAAGAUGUCUGCCUCCAACUAACUUUUACCCCCAGUUCCCACCGCAACCUGAACGGCUACGAAAAGGCCGCACCUGCCGAUCGCAGCUGAUUGUAACCACUCAAGUUAAUGUGUCAAUUUCCACUGGCUUCUUUCUGUUACGCUACAGAUCGCCGGACUUUGCAGCUGAUCGCAGGAGUUCUAUUUUUUAGAAAUAGAGGUGGAUUUCCUCCUUUGGAAGGACACAAUCUACUGCUUUUAUGGUUAGCCUCUGUGGCUGUCUUUAUAGAGACAACUCGUCAUUGCGUGAUUGCACAUGAAUCUGUGGGUUCUUGUGAGUUCUCUCGAUUACCGCUGUCCAUAAUCCGCCACAAAAUUUGCCUCACCAACGGGUCCAUAGACACCAGCGAAAAUCACUGUUGUUCCAGAUUGGAGCCGUUCCGGAUGCUGUGAAAAUUGGGGGUAAGGCUACUCUCGAAAUGAGUUGGGGCUGAAGCCUCAUACAGUCAUACCUCAUCAUAUCUUAUUAACUGAGGAAUCCAUAAUAACCAGACUUUAAAUAAGAUGUCACUAAAAUAAAACAAUGUUCAUGUACAUGUAAGUCUGAAAUUAAGUUUGCAGAAUUAGCAAACUGUAAAGUUGGAAAAAAAAUACACGUAUUUAUUCAUUUUCUACUCAUCAUUAAAACAGGUACUCAUUAUUAUAUAAGACACUACAGUGCAAGAUGUCUUCCCAUUGCUAGUAAAGGUUGUUAUUUCUGUGAAAAACAGUGUGCACACUGCUGUUAUUAUAAAAUAUAUGUACAUAUCUUUGAGUGUAUGUUGCAUACAUACACAAUUACACACACUACAUAUUGAAACUAUUGAGUUUUGCAAAGUUUCCACCAACAAAACUAAUAAUUAAUGCGCAAUACUCAAUAAAUGUACCCACACACUUGUACACUAAUGAACAAUGGUGCACACACACUCUCCAUCCCCCCAGGCUUGAAGCUGCUUCCCUCUGCUGCUCCCAGCUAAUGAACCCCACCAGCUCUUAUCUGCUCAUAUAGAUUCCCCAAUCUGGUCCAGCAGUGCUGCAGCCAGACAUGAGAGCCAACGCCUCGCCUCAUCUGUAAUCUGUCAUGUUGAAAAGAAGUCAAACUCACUAGUGAUUGGCCUAAUGAGGGGAAUCAUUAACAGUUAAGGGUAUAUUAGGUUUCAGAUAACUCCUGGUGGCCGCCUUCCUUGUCUUCACGAACGAUACAGUGGGAAGACAGUGUUGUGCUACAGAAGAAGUUCAGAGAGGAGUCUGAGUCGGUUGUUAAUAAACAGUUCAUUAAUCCGAUGCCAAAUCAGAUUGUAAUUUGGUGAAAGUGCGUCAAGGCACUGAAAUGCUUUGACAGCUUUUCCAACUGAACUCAUGGGAAACUUCUUCGUCCAUCUCUUAAACAUCUGGAGAAACACCUCCCAGCUAAUUUGGUAAAUUUGCAACAGGUAUUACAGGGAAUGAAAAUAGGGCAUCCCAGAGAGCCUCAGUCUAUCAGAAAUCGUGUUCAGCAAUUUCAGAAUAUUGUUCCUCAGCAUAAAAUUCUUCUUAAAGGAAUCCAUCAUCUGCAGUGUAUAACUGAAAAGAUAAGAGAAUUCUGUGUUCAAAAAGACCAAGGCUGAAAAUCAGUAUCUUCAAGCUCUCAGGCAGCACAGCAGUAAAAACAGACAUGACUCUGAAGUGGUAGUUACCACAUGGGCUUGAAAUCAGUUUGAAAACCACUGGUUGUAAACACAGUUAAUUGAUACAUCCAAAAAAACACAGCUUUGAAGAGUACAGUGCAAAGAAGAGACCAUAAAAAACAUGAUCUAAAAACACUCGAAGGGUUUCUCUGAGCGUAAACACAUCUAAAACGGACUUGAGUGGGAAACUGUCCUGUUGUCCGAUUAAUCAAAAUUCUGUCUUCAUGAACACAAAGAGUGACCACCUGGUUCUAUAUCAGCACACAAUUCAAAAGACACAACCCAUGGUAAUAUGGAGAGGAAAACUGCCAAUGACAUGUGUGGCUUACACAUCUUUGCAGGUACCAUUACUGCUGAUUUCAGGGCAACACAUGCUACCAUCAUAAAGUUUUAAACAAGGGCAUAAAAUAAUUAGGUAAUCCAGUUUUAACAUUUGAUGAAAUAUGAAGUUUAGAUUAUUUGCAAACCAUCAAUUUUUGUUUCAUCAACAUUUUACUUUUCUCUAAUUGAGGUUUUACUUGUAGAAUAUUUUAGUUGAGUGUAGUCCGUGACUCUUUUCAUUUUUGGUCUUUCUCUGUAAUCCCAAAGGUGGUUGGCACUGUCCUUAUCUUUAGGAAAACAUCUUGCUCUGUCCUAUCAAAAUGCUGGUCGUCUGAACAUCAUCUCCACCAUAUGUUUCUCUCUAGACUUUCCCAUCUUUGCCAUUUUCUUAGCAGGAGGUGAAACAAACUGUAACCAAAGAAGCAGUCACAGAUUUACUCGCUUUCUGAGAGAGGCAUACAAACCAUGCAGUCAUGCAUUUAAAUUAGCAGUAGCAGACACUUGAAUUCCACGGCAGAGCUACUGAGAAAAAAGUGGCAUUUCUUUCAUUUCAACCCCACAGACAGCACUUUGAACUCUCAGCCUACUUGUUCGGUUUUUCAACAGUUUCACCUCCUUUUUGUCUGCUGCUGUGCAGAGCUGCUUUGAUGGUUCAGGGAAAAGUAAAGAGAGCGAGAGGCACAGAGGCAUGUUUUAUCCUCCCACAUAGUCACACGCUCUGCUGUGUGGUUGUAAACUCCCCGAGACGGGGACCUCUGCACAGCGGCGUGCCAUUGCAGGUCUUUGAGAUGUCGCAGCAACAACUCGGGGAAUUCGUUUUGCUUGGAUCUGGUGUUGAGUGACGGCUUGAGAAAGUUGCUUGACACCUGUGCGGUGACAAUGUUGUUUGUCAAGCCUGGGACAGAAUAGGUCUAAAAAAAAUCCUGCUGUGUGCUUUCCAUGUCGGUUGAUCAUGCGUAAACACCUUGCCACAAGGGUGCACUUGAAGAAACCGUUGUACUUUUUUGUAGACUUUGUUCACAGCUGUGUGUAAGUUUGCGAGUGUGAAUUUGUAUUUUUGUUGUCUGUUUUUACUACUAUAGCAGAAUAGGAGUUACGUUUGUUUUUUUAGUUUGUUUGUGUCUUACGGCUGUAAGAAUAUUCCCAUGAAAGUAUUCAUUAAAAACUCUCAGGAACAAAGAGAUCAUGGGACAAAGAAGCAGUUAGUUAGCUUUGUGGGGUUGCUUUUGAGUUUUUUUGUAUUCCCUUCAUUACUUGCACCUUGAGCUGUUGCUGGUUCACUGUGUGACUACUCUUGCAGACUAUACAGGGAUUGGAUGUUCCAUAAAAUAUAACUUUUUGUCUAUACCUGCAGGGCACUGUGCAUACAGUAUUGAGUUCUGAGACCCACAGGCAGUACAAAGUGGCGUUUUUAAGAGUGACUGUAACUGCUGGUGUCUGCACCACACAGGAUCUUUACCUGAAUUAACGCUGGAAGAUACUUCAUUUUGGGGUCCUAACCAACUCUUUCAGGAUGGGGUUCUAAAAUAUUAUUAUCAUGUGUUGUGAUCAGCUUUCAAGUCACAAGGGCUGUAAAGUCCUAGUCAACUGGUCAACUUAUUGGUUGAUAUGUGCUAAGUCGACCAAAAUUAAGAUUGGUCGACUAAAUUUUUUUCCCGCGUCAAUUUUCAGUCUAUGGUUAAUUUCAUCUGGAGGGACAUACAAAGUUCUAAUGGUGGUGUUUUCAGAGCACCCCCGUUUCACACGUAACAGCCUGUCUCAGAACACCCUCCUUGUUUUCACCAUUUUGGAUUCACCCAACUCAUCGAAUAUCGUCUGGAGCCCUGAAGAUUGAAGAGCGUCCAUCUUAAUCAACGUCUGGUAGUUUGCAGAAUAUUUAUUUUUAUUUUGAGCAUUUCAACUUGCCUUCUUGUGCUGAUAUCAGUAUAUUUUCAACCCGAUGAGCCACCGUUCACCAAGCUGCAUCAUCCUCCGCCGCGCAAGGGUUUGCCGUCAGAGUUGGAACCCCCAUUAGUCGAUUUUUGGUCAAUGUCAGGGUUUUAGUCAACCAAGAAUUUCUUUGGUUGAUUACAGCCCUACAAGUCACACAUACUGACAAAUUGUUGUCAUUUCAUCUCUCCUAGAUUGAUAUUCAGUCACAAAAACCGAUAAAGUGAAAAUCAUGGGAUAAAGUGCUAUUUUUAAGUUAAAAAUACAGAAAUAGAUUGUACAGAUAUAAGGGUUCUCUUCCUGCCACCAGAUUGAAGCUUACGUUUCCAGUAAGAUAAGACCAUUGUGUCAGGGAUUUUAAAAUCACUGGCGAAUUUCAGUCAAAUGGUUAAGUUGUUGUUUUAACAGUCUGAACCGCUAGACCAGCCAGCGCCCCUUUGCUCAACUUGUGCCACAAAUGACUGAUCUAGCAUAACACUGAGGUGGCCCCUCAGGUAAAUGGUAACAGAGUCCAUCCACCGUCGACCAUGUAAGAUAAAAAAAAGUCAAGGACCGUGACAACUUUCCAUGUUCUCUCAAGCAGCAGUAUAACAAACAGCUUUGCAAUAUUUUGGCCUCUGAAAAGCUUUCAAAGUUCAGGAUCUUUUACAGAAAUUAUACAUUUUCAGACUGCAGUCUCGUUUGUAUCUGAAGCAGGCAGCACACCCACAGUGGCUUGUUUUCUGUUUUCUUAAUUCCCAUCCAGUCUUGUCUGAGCAAUCAGUAAUCACAGACAAAGACAAAUACCCUGGUAUUGGCCAAAUUGGAAAAACGUCUUUCCCCUGUUUUGUAUUGAACUCCCACUUUCGGAUGUCUUGCUCACCCAGGCUCAGUGAAAUGUUGCAAAUUUGCAGAUAUUCUGUGGGUUUGUUUUUCUUCUAUAGGUUCCUUGUUUGUGUCCAUACUAUCAGUAUCCGAAAGAAUGAAAAAUAAUGACCGGCUGCUUAGUGCUUCGGCUGUAAAAGUGCAACUGUAAUUGCAUCUGAACGCAGACCUGAUUGGCUACAAGGUGCUGUGGUUAUAAACUUCAAGAACAAUAAUGGCUCGAGUCAUUUCUGAUGUUGAACUUUAAGUGCUUGCAUCCACAUGUGUUGGUCUCCUCGUGUGAACUAAGCGCAGCAGCACUGAUUAUUAUCCUCUGGAGAGUACUCCUCAUACAGGGCUGCAUAUCUCAGAGGUGCGCUUCGAGAAGAGUGCAGUCUAGUUAUCUGUAUGUCUGAGUGUCCUUUUGUCUCGUGAGCGUGUAUACAGUGUGUGUAUGUGCGUGCGUACGCGUCUCUUUGUGUGUCAGCAGUCAUUAGGAGUUGGCAGACAGUCAGUUUGUAUUGCUGAUGCUGACAAGCUUGUCUGGUAAGGACGGCACAUACUCCCUGAGCUCAUUUUUUAUGACACACACACAUAAAACUUCAGUGCAAGUGUGUGUGCAUGCACUAGUGUGUGUACUGUCACAGGCAGUUUAACAAACAUGCACGCCAAUUUAAGUUGGCAGAAGCACUUCUUCACGAAAGUUAAGAGUUUGACAAGAGGCUGUUUUUCUCAUUUUCAUUCUGUUGUUUGUCCGGCCAUAUUUCAAUCACUGUUGCUGUUUUUUUUUUUUCUUCUCCUUCUACUGGCUGAUUUAUUUUCGUAUUUUAAGACACAGAACAGUACGCAUUAGAAAGCUUAACGACAAACUCUCUAACAUUUGCACUUUUAAUUGUGGACUUGCUUGAGGAACAGAAUUUUUAUAAUGCAUGCUAACAAAGGCAGCAAAGCUCCCAUUUGCAUUAAUCUCUGCUCUGUUUUUUUUUUUUUUAACAGGCUAUCUCCCAGAAACCUGGAUUAGUGAGAGACCCUCACCGCUGGCUCGCUGAGACAAAGGUAUGAUGAUAACAGGCAGUCGUGCUGGGAUUUGUCUACAUAAUUAAUUCUACGAGCGAGGAAACGAUGACUGAGUGUGUCACAUUAUUUCCAUCAGUACCACGCUCACUCACUGGUCUAUCACAGGUUUAUGUUAGACUGUUGUUAAUGUCUAAUGUAAUAUUUAUCCUCAACCUUUAUUGUACUUGAGAGAUCAUUUAGGGACUCCACUAUCCAGUGUCCAGUGUGACAGAGUAAAUGUGAAAGGUAAAUAAUCAGAAAAGUAUUAAAGAUCUUAAAAACAGAGGAGGCAAAAGGAAAAAAGGUAAUUUAGUAUCACCUAGGGGGGCCAUUUCAUAGAUAAAUGGAGGUAUCGUAAAGUCUGUAAUAGAGGUCACAUCCCAAAAUAAGACACAAUUUCCCUGAGGGGAAAUAAUACAUACUUUUUAUGUACGGAUGUCCUGAUCCCAACAAAUCUUUUGCAGGUGACGGUUGUAGUCAUGAUGGCACAUAAUUAUGAUGAGCAUCAGAUUAUAUAGGGCCAUCUUCUGGGUAAAACACUGUACUGCAGCACACAAGAAUAAUCUCUCUCUGUAGUUUGGACAAGUAUAAUGGCUGUUGGCUGGCCGUUUGCCAGUUUUACGUCAUGUAAAACAUCACGAUUGGCUCAGACUGUUUGUCUCAAAACCAUCCAUGUGGACACAGCAUGCGUACACUAUAUGUGGACUAAAGUUGCUUUUGUAGUUGGUUUGAUCUUCGAGGCCAGGCUCCGCUCUUAACACAUAGCAUCAACCUUUGUUCUAGUGCAAUGAUUUCUGGUUAGAAUAUUGGAUUAAUAAGAUUAAAGUUUAUUUUAAAUAAUACUUUGGCCUCUUUUCUAGUUAUAUAUUGCAAUAUGAUCCUGUUAUCUCAAUAAAAAGUACUUAAAUAGAUGUAUAUUUAACAAAAAAUAGGACAUUUAUUAUUUGGCCCGUAAAUUUUUUCAUCUACCGGUCCCUUUGGCAGGUGAGCCGUUUGUCAACACCCCUGUGUACAAGACUGAGCUCAUAUUUCACUUACUCUUUUACUUAUUGAUUGAUUGAUUGAUUGAUUGAUUGGGGAAAUACUCCCUGAACCAGCUGAUACUAAGUUUAGAUUAAUAUGAUAGGUUAGAAAACAUCAAUUUGUGUCAUUAGUUUAACAAAAAAUGGACCUUAAAACAUAAUAAAAAAACAUAUCCAUAUGUUAGUCUGGCUUAAACAUCCAAUGUCUUCACCGUUAGACAAAUAACCUAUAAAAUGUGGUCAGGAUUUGAUUUUCUUUUGCAUGUAAACACCUCAUUUGCCCCCAGACUGGCCUGGGUAUUCUGUACACUCUCUGACCUGAAGGUUAAACGGUUUGUAAACCAAACCUCAGCAGAAUACAGAGCAGGGAAGGGAAAAAAGAUAAAGCAAUCCACACAGAGCCUGACUUACUUUGGGAUGAAGGAGACACGGUGGGUUUUGUGUCAGCUGAAGGAAGAUGAGGUUAAUGACAGAUGUGAGAUUGUUUUGGUAUUUGAUGGAACAGUUCAAUCAGAAGACGGUGGACAUGUUUGUCAAUGAAUUUAGUCUUGCCUGGGAUGUGUAUACUAAAACAAGGACAGUAGUCCAAUUAAUCGCCUAAUUGAGCUUUAACUGUGGCUCGACUUAACUGUGCAUGUAAAUGAACUGAGUUAGGCAGAGCAGAGCAGUUUGGGGUAUUCAGAUUAAAUUGUCAGUAAAGUGAUAUAUCCGUCAAAACAGUGACAUGCACUAAACUGAGAAGUGGCAGGAUUAUUGAAUUUGAUUUUAGAGUUCGAAGAUUUUUAAAGAUGAUAGUUUAUUCUCACUCAGGACUUUAUUAAACAACCUGAAAAGUUUGUAUCAAGGAUGUUCUCCAUGUAAAUUAUUUUACCGAAUCACCAGGAUUGUAAUCUUGCCUGUCGGAGCCUAACACAAAGUGCAGAUAACCUCUCUUUAAAAAAAGAGCAUUAAUUGAAGAAGAAAUCCCUCUCUACAGCCGAGCAGUCAUGUGUGUUAAAAGUCAGCAGUGUGCAUAAUGAAACAGUGUAGCUCAGGGAUUCGCAGCGAAAAUAUCUCUUCAUAAUAAUCAAAAAGCCGAUAUUGAAUCUAGCGAGAAGUUUGGUUGAAGAAGAUAAUUUCACGUUUUCAUUCAUCGUGGUUUUCAUGGUCGCCUGCUUCAGAGAGUCUCUUUUUAAUUGAAUCACAAGUUUGUUUUGAACACGCUCCCUUAUGUUGUUAUGCUCUGUUUUUUCAUAAACACUCAUUUCUUGGCUUCUUUCCGAGACAAAUUAGCACCCAUUUAGCAUCGCCGUGAUGUUCUACACAAAAGAAACAUGCACUGGUGGCGAUGAUGUAUGAUACUGUGUUAAAAUGUGUUUGCACAAUUCAUAGCGAUAAUGUAUGUCUCCUGUCAUAACUGCUUUUACUGCAUGAAUAAUUUACAAGAAUAAAACUGGAGAGUACAAGAGCAAUAAUUGGCUGCCUAGUUAGCAAUUUUAUUUGAGUAAAUUCUGGAUUUGAUGAACGGCCUUAAAAGAGCUCAUUUACAAUUCCCAUUUAGCCAAUCAUUGCAUAUGACUGAGACAACCCUCUGAAUAAAACACUGUAAGACUGUUGAGAUUUUCUGUUAAAUCGACAGCAUUCAAGUGUUUAAAUGACUGACUGAAGUUUCUGUUUUAUCCAAGUGUGCAGACUUCUACAUUAAAAACAGUUAAUGUUUUUAACUAUAGAGUUAGUAACUGUAGACAGAUGUUGGCAAAUAAUGUGUCAUUCAUAUACGAGAUGCACCAAACAAGAAAGAAACUGAAAUCAAGGAUUAUAGCUAAUAUAGUCUCUUGUAACUUCUCGUACUUCAUACUAUUAUUGCAGUAUCAACAUUGUAAUUGCAUAUUUUUUGCAUAUUGCAUAUUAAAUUGGCACACAUUGCCAUAUGUGACAUAGCAGCAGUGGGUCAAACCUCCAGAAUUUAAGGCAGUAGCUUAGGCUUUAAUCAUGACAACUCAUGUCCUCCUUAAAUUUCAAAAGAUCUGAAUCAGUGCGUUAUUACCAGCAUCAAAAAACAUCACUUUUGUUUUUAUUUACCCACCCAGACAAAGCUACGCUGGCUGUGCGAGGAGGUGCGGGAGUGCAACACCAGAGAACAGCGCCUGAGGAAGCAGCAUCAGCAGACCAGAGAUCAGUUAAAAGCCCUCAGGCAGAGCCGGGACUCGGAGCAGGCAGCUCUCCAGCAGCGUCUGGACCAACAGGAGAAGCUGCUGCACUCCCUCAGCUCUGAGAAGAGAGGUACACCGACAAUAUUGCUUUAAUUUUACCCACGCCGAGGAAGCAAGUGGGAAGGCAGCGUAGGAUUCAUGAGUUAUGCUGCGUGCGGUGCUUCCUUCCGCAAGACAUUUGUACCGUCGUCAUCAAAGGAGACACGUUAGUCACACACCCCACACCAUAUAAAACGCCACAGCAUAGACUUCUAUUAGACUAAUCAAGCUCAGUGUUUUUAUGAGGAAACCAACACCUGAUUUUAAUCCCUUCGUUUAAUUCAUGACGUUGAAGCAGCUCUUACCAAAUAAAUUUCUUCUUCUGUUAUUUCCAAAAAGUUCAACAGACCCUUGCUCUCGUUUACUUUCAGUCUUAAAGUCAAAACUAGUAAAAAAAACCUCCUUUAAAUGAAGGGUUUGAGUAGUUUUUGUGUUUUGCUGUUAUGAGUGUAUAGUAAAAUGGCAGGCUGUGCCUGAGUGUCUGAGCUGUUGUCUUUCAAGCCAUUCACUGUCUCAGUAUCAUUGCAAAUAUUUGAAGAAGCAUCUUAAUGUGGGUGAACUUUGAGACUUCUUUAAGUAAUGAACUUGUUUGUGCCGUCCCUCCUUUUCACCAAGUGUCUCUUAAUGAGCUGUGACUGCCGGGGAAAGAACAGCUUGUUUCUCUCCUCAUUGUGUGAACAAUACAGGGGAAAUGGGCCUAAUUUGUGUUCCAAUAACAGAGAGAUAAAAAAAAGAAGUUCUAAAAGUUAGCGAGACUGUUGAGGGAGAGAAAAAUAACGCGUGGAUCAGGAGUUGCAGGAUUUUACACUAAGGGAAUCAUUUCUGUGUGAAGUCACAUUGUUGUUGUUUUUUAACCUUAGAUUUCUUUAACCACAAAUUUUUGUUUGUUGAGAGAAAGCACAUGGCUAACACUUUGCACAAGCACUUCAUAUUGUCUUGAUAAAUUUGCAUAUAAAAAAUCAGUGCAAAGAAAGUUUUAAAUAGUCAACAAAAAAGCAAAAAGUUUGAUGAUCUUUUGUAUGAAUUUAAUCGUGAUUUGGAGUUUUGCCAUAAUCGAGCCCUACUGUAUGUGAACUAAGGCUGGGCGAUAUGGCCUCAAAUCAGUAUCACGAUAUAUUGACCAGUUCACCUCAAUAACGAUAAAUGGACAGUAACUACUCCACAAGCAGACCACCCCCUCCCACAUUAACGCCAUCAACUUCAGCCGCCGCUCCAACCGCUACAACUUUUGAACCGUCUUCCAUCUCCUCACCUGUCUUUCCCUCUUUGUUCUGGACUGGAUGAGGUGGAGUCACAACUCUGACAUAGGACAGGGUCUUAAAGGGACAUGAGACCAUAGCCUACCUACACACAUCCAAAACCAACUUUUUAUUUACUUCUUGACAUUUUUUUAAAUGUGGCGAUAUGGGCAAAAUGACGUCUGUUAUUGUCGUAAAUAUCGGUAUCUGUAAAUUUUCGGUUUAUCGCCCAGCCCUAGUGUGAACUGUGGUGAACAGGGGCUGCAUGACAGUGUGUAUUUUGUAGAAAAUGAAGACUGAAUUACAUCCUGCAGUGUGACUACCUUCACAUUUCAGUCUCUGGGUAACAGGGUUUUUUUUAAAGGGAUGUGCUGACAUUAUUCAUGCACGCCUGCUCACUUCUGUUGUUGUUUGCCGUUUUAACUUCUAACCGCGUCUCUCUUAAACUGUGGCUCUGUCUGGGCUUUUCAGUGUCUGUGAGCUGAUUUGGCCAAUUGCGGUACCAUUAGGCCCUUCAGAUAAGCAAUCUUAGGUUCUAGGCUUAUUUUCAGACCCCUGUAGAGACACACACUUUGCUCUGUCGUCGGUCCCUAUCAGCAGUUUGACAGAAGUUGUCUGUCACCCUUCACCGCAGGCAGAAGCACUGAUACAGUCUGUUCUGUAAUUACACCUGAGAGUAAUCUUAGUGUCACAACAGCCACAAGAUCUGGUGAGAUGAAUUGGAGGCAUGCAAAUGAAGAUUUAAUCUGCUGCUGAGUUUUGAAUAUAACCUGUGUGCAGUGUGAGUUCUUUUGCUUAAUGACAUGAUAAAAUACAUAGAUGUGAAUAUGCCGAUUUAUAAUCAGCUUUGAUAGCAAUAAGCUUGAAGGGAUAUAAAUUUAGGUUAGGGUCAAACACACCAUAACACCGAGUUAGAAACCCCCUCGAGAGAUGAAUGUUGCCGACUGUUGCUUCUCUGGUUAUACCAACUUUAGUAACGACCGCAGGAUAGCAAUACACCGUGGUCUACGUCUACACUAAAGCCACAAAUAAUGCUCAGAACAGCCCCUAACUUCAUCAACAGUACAUAUAGGGUCCUAGCCAUAGUACUAGACACCAAACAUCUUUUUAGCUUUGCCUAAUUUCUUUAGCAAAGAGACUAAACACAACUCACCUACUCACUUCCAGCAGCCGCUUGUUUGUGGGGGCAGCCCUGACGAGUCAAUAACCGAAUGCAGCGGAGUUUCGCAACAUUUAUGAUCAUUACUUCAUGGAAAUGCAAUCAGACCAAGAUGCUAAGGCAGACGGACUACCGCAGCUGGGACCCUAUAUGUACUGCUGAUAAAGUUAGGUGCUGUUCUGAGCAUUAUUUGUGGCUAUAGAGUGGCGUUUUGGUUGAGGUUUGUGUGUGGAGAUGUAGACUGCUGUGUAUUGCUAUCGUGCGGUCGUUACUAAAGUUGAUAUAACUAGAGAAGCAAGCACUCAGCAACAUUCAUCUCUAAAGGGGGUGUCUAACUUGGUGUUACGGUGUGUUUGACCAUGACUUAAAUUUACACCAGAAUAUCCCUUUAACUAUUGAUGAUAAAUAAUGUUAGAGUUGACCUACAAAAAACAAAACUGAUCCUUGUUCUUCAUUUUAUCAGACUGCAAAAUGUGUCCGUUAUCAAGCUUUUUUUUUUCCAUACUUGUCUGUACACGUCUGUGCAUCAGCUGUCAAUGGAAACGCUCUGCAGUCUUGUGAGAGGUUGUAUUUUCAGAGAUUUCAUCACCUGGACGAUGUUCUCUGUUGGCCCCUCUCUCUUAAAAGAAAGGCAGCGCUGCAUGUUUGAAUGUCAGUAACUCCGCUCGGUGAGAUGUGACUGAAUGUGAGUCGGUGGGGGGGGAGACAGGGAACAAACACCCCGGCUCUGCUUGCUACAAAGUGAUUUAUAAAGUGAUGGCUUAAACCACCAGUACGAGACACUGGAAAGAGCCUGAAAUGAUGUAAGAACUCAAGGCAUCAACUUUGGCGGUUGAUGUAGUUGGAUGUUCGUCUUAAUGUGCACAGACUUGAUAUAGUGGAGAAGAUAAAGUCAUUAGCAGGUAAAUAUAAUCCUGUUUUCUUCAGAGAAGUUUUGUAUGCUAUGAUUUGUGGAUUAGGAGCUUUUUAAGUUUUAUCUUAAAGUGAAGUCAUCUACAAAGCUGUCUGAAAUGGUGAGGCAGUUAUUUGUAACAAAAUACUAAUCCAAAGUCAUGAAACUUUGAACAGUAAAUGUUACUUAUAGGAGGAAUAAUUCAGUACGAUUCUUCAGUGCAUCACAGUGAUAAAUUAAAAUGAAAUGUUUUUUAGCAUCUUUUGUUUAGCGUUCUCACCGUUUGAUUAAAAGUUUGCAGAAAGUUUACUUUCUCCGCAGCAAACCGAGCAGAGUAAACUUGUGUAAAAACAGAGGCUUUCUCCUAAUAAAACCCCAGCACUUAAUCAAUGAAUUACUUUAAAUUAACACUUCAUUAGGCAAACAAUCAGUGAUUGUACUGCUUGUGUGAUAAACAUAAGAAGAGUGUUUUCUCCCUUCAAAUAUUCAGGUAAACAUAGACUAUGACAAACAGACUGUUUGAAUGAGACCAACAUAUGGACAUCAUUCAUCACAUGACCUUAUAUGACCUAGUCAUUGAUUUUUCCUGGUAUGCUUCUUGGUUAGUUUGUAACAACAUCUGUUUAGUUCUUCGUUUUAUACAAAUAAAUGUCAAUAUUUGUCCAAAAAUGCUGUUGUUAAACACUUUCCAAGACCAUUUAAGAAUGUUAAGCAAUUCUUACCUGUGUCUUGAUUAAUAAUCAAACAGAAAUUUAGAUUUGUUAUUAAAAUAAAAAAUGUUGCACUACUUCAACAUGGUCUGAAAACGCGAUUAAUACUUCAUAAUGUUUUUGGUGAUGGGGAUGGGAGGAUGCUAGAGGUCAUUCCAACUGUCAUGAGGCGAGAUGAGGGCAUGUUACCAGUCCAUCACAGCACUAGCCUAUAGAGACAAACAAGCCCUCAUACUCACAGUCUUACCUUUAGGCAUUUUAGAGUCACCAAUUAAGCUAACAAGCAAGUCUGUGGUCUCUUGGAGAGAACUCAGGCAUCCACAGGGGAAAAAUGCAAACUUCACACAGAAAGGCUCCUUUUCAGUCUGGGACUCAAACCAAGAAUUAUCUUGCCCUGAGAGUCCUGUCAGCUGCAUCACCAUACAGCCUUAGGUUUGCUUUUCAAAACGUGUUGGUGAUACAAAAACAAUUCCUGGACGCAAUAUAUAUAUAUAUAUAUAUUUUUUUUUUGUUGUAGAAUGGUAGGGGAAAGUCCCGCCUCCUUUGCCUCUGAUUGGCUAGAAAAGCUGGAAACGUCAUCAGAGGCUCAAGCCAAACGCGGGCUGUCGGCUCUGUACAUCGAACAGAACAUUACAGAACAUUAUCACACUUCUGAAUCUAACCCUAACCCCCAUCCUAACCCUAACCCUUACCCUUAUCCUAACCCUAACCCGACAGACGAUGACGUUUCUCAGCCAUUAGGAAUAACCAAUCAGAGCCCAGCACUUUUAGCCAAUCAGAGGUGAAGGAGGGCGGAACCUUCCCUUACUAUCCUGCAAAAAAAAUUCCUUCCUGGACUCAGAAAUAAUGGCAUCACAUAUUUGAUCUAGCAGAGUUUGAUAUCAUGAACUCUCUGCACGGUCUGCUCCACAUUCCAUCCCAGCUGAGCAGACAAGGUCCACGAUACAAUCAGCUGAUCAUGUCUAAUAAUGUUGCAAGGUUAUAUGUUACACUAGAGAACAAUCCACAAAAGUCAAUUUUCAUGCCGCCUCAAAAUUCAAUAUAGUAUCAACUUUUUUCCCCUCUUAAAUCUUUAUCAACCUCUCUGAAAAAUGCUGUAUCAGCCGUGCUCUGAUGGUACAGAUGUGAAAAACUGAUGAAGUGUUUCUCUUUCAGAGCUUUUGGAGAGGAGUCGUAGAAAAGAGGAAGAAAUGAGGAGCCUCCAGGUUGGUAAAUCUGCACCAUGAGUUGUAGUUUUUCUACAUGUCCUUAUUUCAAGAAGGGCUGCCACACAGAGACAGCUGGUACUAUUUUUAUCUGCACACACAGCCUCCAAUUUCUUUGUUCUUGUUGCUUAUCUGUUGGUUUGUUUUUUGAGUAAGAGCUGGCCUUAAGUCAUCGGAGUUCUGUUAUGCAGUGUUACAAACAGCGGUACACAGCUGCCGGCCUGACAGACUCCUCGCAGCUUUGCUUGGACAAGUAGCUAAUUACUGCAGACAUGAGGCCUUGGAGUUUAAAAGCCACCAGAGGCCUUGUUUCUGUCUUUCAGUACCGCAGCUUUUACACUUGGCAGGCCACCAGCUCACCUUGUCUGGAUUGGACUGGCCCCCUAGCGCCGCAGCGGCCCUUUACUCCCCAUUAAAAAGCAAAACACACGCCGUCUCUCCCGCUCUCUUUCUCGCAUACACACACACGCGCGCUUAAAUGUCAGCUUAUCAUUUGUUCUUUCCCAGCGUGGGUUUUUUCUACCUCUGUGAACAUAUGUGUGCGUACGUUUGUGUUGGUUACCAGGGUUCCAUCUGUGGUUGCAUGAUGGCACCUGCCAGAGCUGGUGUGCAAUUAAUCAGCCCUCUCAGACCCAGCCGAGCUUUUAAUUAUGAAGAAUGAGGGGAGAGACGUUUAGAAAGGAAAGACAGAGUGAGGGAUGUUUACAAGCAAAAUAGGGGGUGAGAAAAAAAAGAGUAGGGGGAUGGGCUGAGGGAAAGAAAGUACCCAUGUUAUAAACCAGCAAAGCAUUUCAGGCAGAGAGGGGGAGGCAGCUGUUUUUGGAGGGGAGAGCAGGUGUUUGUUUGAGUGGCAGAUAAGAGGCAUAGCAUCACUUAUGCAUCGUUAGAGAGGGAACAUCAGUCAGGAGCUGGAUGAGCGGUGAAAGCGGUUUGUCUUUGUGUGUUUGUGUGUGGGUGUGUAAGUGUCAGUGUGUUUGAAAAGAAGCCUGUAGUGCGCUAUAGACGCUCCCUAGCCCCCUGCAUUUCCCUCCCUUGUUACAUAUUUGUCGAAAAGCUCUAUUCCCUCUUCUGUCAUCGCUCUCCCACAUACCUUGGGUUUUUCUCUGCUUAUCUGAAAGCGGUUACCUCAACUCACCGUCUGGUUCGUUUUUGAUUAAAACCUGUUUGGUUUUUGGUCUCCUAAUAGACGAUGAUAUGCAUAUUAAGUCUGUGUUUGUUUGUCUUCUCAGGAUCGUGUUUUGGAUCUGGAGAUGGUAAGGUUUGAUUUUAUCUUAUUAAAGAAGGUAAAAGGUGUGCAUGUAUUCAGGUUAUGAAAGCCUGGUAUUAUCAAGUGCACCGGGAUUGUAAAUAAUUAGACACCAUGUUGACUCCCAGCGUGAUUUGUUGCAGUUGUGUAGGCAGGUUCACCUCAGGCUAUGUUUGUUUAGCAACGCAAAGGGGCUCACACAAGGGUUAGAAAUGAUUGCUCUAGUCAAGGCUCAGAGCUCUGUUCAUCAUCAUAAGUCUUGCUGAUGGGGUUAAUAACCAAGCUGUACUGACAAUACAGUAUUGACCUCACCAUCAAAACAGUUAACAUUCAGCUUUGAGACGUCAGCCUGAAAUUACUGAGCGCUACUGAAAGGUUAUAUUGACCCAAGCCCCUUUUACUCUCUUGGAAAGCGUUAAAUAAAUGAAGCCGUCUGUUCCACGCUGUCCAUCUAUCAAAUAAUUUCUGCUCACCGUCAACGCCGCAGCUGCAGCGAACAUCGACCCCUUCCUCCUUUCAGCUCCGGCGGCGCUGAUCAAACUGCUAGCACUGCUUGUGUAUCAGCGCGCCAUUCGACAACGGCAAUCAGGGCGCCGCCUCGUAACAACCAGUUCUUUUGAUGUGUAAAUACUUCAUCCGAAUGGAAAUGGGAAAUCUAUUGAAAUGUUCAGUGGUGGGAUGAAUAGGCUGGAGUGCCGCUGGAGUGGUUACUCAUUCAAAGAUUAGACUGACAGGGUUGCAACAAAAGUCAUCGUUUGCUUUCUAACAUCACGUCCGAUUCUGCGUACGCUUAAACAUAGCUUUCCCCGUCCGCAUUAAAGCUGUAUGAACAGGUAGUGAUUAUUAGACCACCACACCUUUUAGAGACAGAGGCACGUUUGGACCAGAUAGCAAACACAAACGAUAGAAGAGGAUUUGUAUUUUCAUCAAUAUUUUAGAGGCUGAUAAAGUAGAGAUAGAUAACAUAGAUCUGAUUCAAACUGUGGAUUUCAUCUUCCAGGAAUGCAAACAUGCUGUAACGUGAAAAAGCGAUUUCGUCUUCCGGGCAUCAGAUACCCCUCCCUCUUUCGUCUGUGGUGCAUCUCUCUCCUGAUUAUGAGGAUGGCAGCUGUAAUAAGCGCACCUUCAAAAACAGCUCAAUGAAAUGUCAACAUGCUGGUAGAACAUUUUCGUCAUCCCCGCAGCACAAUAAUCUCCUCUACAGCUAAUCUAUAUCUUCGGUGUAUUCCAAUUAGUCUGCAAUCUAUCAACUGAUACUUAGAGUGGGGCUUCAGUGCUGAAAGACAGAAAGCAGACCUGCGUAUUUUCCUCUGAAGAAACAAGAAAUUUGUAAUUAUACGUCAGGAAAGCAAUUCGCUGUGUGACGUUGAGGUCUAGUUCACAAGAUUACAAGUUUUGAGAUACGCAAAGCGUUGCAUUUUAUAGAAAAAAUUGCAAAGACAGCAUAUUUAAUGUAGGAAAUGAAAAGUUGUAGCAGAGUCUCUUAAUAGAAAGAUAGAUACCUGAGUGAGAAAACAGUUCAACAGUUUUAGACUCAAAUUAAAACUUAUUUUGGAAGUUCCGCAUUUUAAUAUCAUCCAAAGAUCCCGAAAAUGUUUAAAAAAUCUCUGCAGAGAAGGAAUGAAAACCUAAACCAGUAAAGCAGACAUAACUCUGCGGUGGAAACCACUACGUGGGCCCAAAAUCAUUUCCCAAACUGGUGUCAUUCUGAUUGCAGAUUGGAAAGUUUAAAACUUACUUUUUACUUUUUGAGUUCUGCGUCCCCAUUAUCUCUGCAAACACAAAAGCGUCUGUAUCCACCAACAGCCAACUCAGAGCAGUUAAAACCCACAGACAGAUGAUCCAGCUGUGAACCAUCAUCAGUAAUAGUGACUCUGAGUGACCCUUACCUGGGAAAGAUAUCUCGUGUCACUAAAUAUGCAUUUCAUUGAGUGGAAGUUUCUCACUUUCCUUUCUUCUCUUGCUUUUAUGUUUUACUCAUCUGAAGUGUAAAGUGUUCAAAAGCAAAGAAGAGACACGUAAGGGAAAGGGUGAGACAAUUAAGGAUUGUAACUCAGCCUCUGUAUUCACUUGUGGAUAUGUAUUCUAUAUUUACUCUGAAGUUCCUGCAGGUUCCUGUCAAUCUUUACAGUCAGAGAAGAACCUUUAUCUGUUUUAUAACUGUAGCAGAACUCAAGUACGGUAAUGACGCCCCAGUUUAAUCUUUGACAGCUUGUUAGAAAUUUAAAAGGGCUUUAAAUAGACGUUAUAAUGAUUGUCAAAGAAACCCAAACUGGUGUUAACAGAACUAUUCAUGUGUUUGUUUGUGGUUUCCAGAACACAAGAGUGGCCUUAGACCACCUGGAGUCCAUCCCAGAGAAACCCUGUCUGAUGAAGAACUUCAAAGACUUGGAGGUGGGUUUUGGAAAGUGAAUGUGCAACAGUAAUGCAUCAUCAUUACUUCAGAAGCUGCCCUUCGGUUAUACUCAAGGUAGGGCUGGGCGAGAAACCGGAAAUUUACCGAUCCUGAAAUUUACGACCAACGCCAUUUUUCCUUCUUUUUCCAUGGCUCUGUCAGAUUACAGAUCGAGGUUAAUUGUCAUUGCACAUCACAAGUACAGAGCAACAUAAUUUGCUCUGUACUGUCUUUGUAGAGUAUGAAGGACCUUCGAGAUAAGGCUAGGCGAUAAACUUAAAAUUUACCCAUACCAAAAUUUAUGACAAUAACCAACAUUAUUUUGAACAAAUCGGUAUAUUGGGUGUCAAAAAAUAAAUGAAUAAAAGUUGGUUUUGGAUGUGUGUAGGUAGGCUAUGGUCUCAUGUCCCUUUAAGACGCUGUCCUACCUAAGAGACUUGACUCCACCCCUUCCAGUCCGUAACAAAGAGGGAAAGACAGGUGAGGAGAUGGAGGACGGUUCAAUUGUUGUAGCAGCUGAAGUAGACAAAGUUAAUGUGGGAGGGGGUGAGCAGCUUGUGGAGUAGUUAUCGUCCUUUUAUCGUUAUCGAGGUGAACUGAUCAAUAUAUUGUGAUAUUGAUUUGAGGCCAUAUCGCCCAGCCCUAACUCAAGGAUAAGGUCUAAGGGUUGAUUGUUUGGUCUGAUAAGUACUGAUCGAACGUCUUUUCCGUCGUGCCGUCAGGAGUCACAGCGGGAGAGAGAAGUUGUCGAACAGCGCCACACCAAAUACAAAGAGAUCGUCUUGGACCUUCAGCACCAGUUGGACGAGUCCAAACGCAGAAUCCAGGAGUACAGGGUAGGACACACACAAAGACAGAGGGAUCCAGUUCCAUAAAAAUGAGCUUUAUAAUGCCACACAAGAGCCUGCACUCCCAAACAGCAGCCCACACUUUUGCUAUUUCAGUCACUAAUUGCACUGCUUUGUUCAAACAGCUACUGUUUGGAUCAGGAUAGCCUGACUUUGAGAGCCAUUUAUGAGUCUGGCUCGCCCACACUGCUGCCAAUGUGUGCAAAGCUCCUAAUUUGCAAGUAGUAUGAAUAAAUGAAUAAUUUCACAUAAUGGUAAUGCAUCACGGACGGACAGAGUGGAUGAAGUGCAAGCAGCGACACUCAAACAAAACCUGAAUUUUACCACUCGCUGUUAAUUGCUACAGUCUCCUUCUGUGCUUUGAAGCAGCCAAGGGAGCCAUCCAGACAUCAUUGUUGACAGCUGAUUGCCAUCUGCAGUUUGCAACAACCCCUAAACAGCAAUACAGUCACUUUUUAAAUGGUUUUAAUCUGCCAGAUUACCCUGUUGGUUUGCCAAAUGACUCCCAUGUUGACUGAUAAGUGGUGAUUGCAUUAGUUUAAUAGCCGCUGCCCACUCGGGGUUUGUUUUAGGGAGAGGCUGGAUGCAACGUCUUUACAAGACUUCCAUCUCGGUCAGAGUCAGCAAAGAAAAAACAAACACUGAAUCCAGCAGGGUCUCUCUGCGAUGAAAACUAGCCUCUAAAGCUCCAUCAAGACUUACGUUACACGGGUCAGUGUCCGCCCCGUGAUUACAAAUCGUCUACAAAGUUAAUGAUCUGUAUAAAAACAGUUCAUAAAAUUUGUAAUCUGCGAGAAACCGCUGUGAUUUGGCAACCCUCGCAACAGAAUCACAAGAAUUUGGCGCUUGUAUUUUUCUGCCCCUAAUUAAAAAGAAACAAGCUCAGCAGUUGAGACGUCUCACUGGAGCUACGAGCCUGUUAUCAACACAAAUUAUCCUGUAAUGGUCAUACUUGUUUUGAUACGGAUGAAGCUGGAACCGACCCCGGGCUCUACCUGCUGUCCCUAAAACCCCUCUCUCUACAUGCAUUACUCUGCACUUUGAUGCUAGCAUGGCUGGAGGCCCUCCGCCCCGUCAGUUACCGUCCCCCCCUCUGUCUUCCAGGACGAGAAGCUGGACGCCACCACCAGGAGCCUGAGACUGGCUGCUCUUUCUUCCUCCAUCAAAGACUCCAGCACAUUCCUGAGCAGCUCGCUGAGAUCUGACACACUGUGUGAGUAUUCAUGCGCUGAAGCUGCUGACAGCUUAUCUAUCAGAGGGCUAUGUUCUUCUGCGUCUCUGCAUUCGAAACUCUGUGAAGUUGUGUUUUUUAUAUCAUACAGAAUCACAACUCUAAGAGGCGGCUGGGAUAAAUUAAUGAUUAUGAAUGUCUGUGCCUUGAUAUUCUCGCAGCAUCAUCUUUUGUUUAUUUCAGCACUGCUCUAAAAUAAAGCCGCGAUAUACAUCAACAAUUGUUUACGCCGUGGCAGUCUUGCAGCACAGGAGAUUUUAUUUUCAUUCUGUAUUUCAACAUGAAUCCCAGAGCUGAAAGUUUCCAUCAGUGCCCUGGAAGUACGUCUGUCUGUAUCACUGCCAGUGGCCCACAGCCAGAAUCACUUGUAGCACUUUCCUAAGCAGCUUACUGAUAGUUGGCACAGCGUGAGAGGAAAAUACUUUCUGUGGCUCUGUGUCUGUUGUACCUCCAAGAAUGAUUAUGGCCAAAAGAUAUCAAUGGCUAUUUAACACCAGUGUUAAUACACAAUACAGCUUUGGCAGCGACAGGUUUCGCUCAUCAUUAAGCCGGGAGAGAAUAGAGGGGUAUUAGAUUGAUGUGCGGUACUUUCCAUUAACACCAGGAAUCACAGUCCAGAGGCAGAAGAUCACAGUCAUGUCAGGUACUUUGUGUCAUCAGUUUGCUGGAGUGAUAAGAGGGGUGAGGACCGUGAAUGUGACGAGUGGAACAAAGUGGGCGGUGGUUCUGAGGUAAGGGUGAGACACACAGACCUGUAAGGCUGCACAAUAUUUGAAAAAACUAACAUUGCAAUUUUUUUCAACCCUGCGAUAAAUAUUGCGAUAUUCAAAAAUACAGGAAUUUUCACCAGAUGACCUGAAAAGCACUUUAUGCUGAAAUCUUGUGGACAGUUAACCUGCACUGAUCUUACCUCUUUUUGUGAAUGUUAGUAGAAUGGCUUCUCUCUGUCUUAGAGAUAUUUUUAGCUUUCAUUGUUCUGGGACUUGUUAUCUCUCCUUGUGGUAACAGAUGAAAGGCACAGCCGACACAGAACAGGUGCUCGGUCGAUAUCAUCCUUCUUGUAACCGAAAUAAUUCCAGAAAACUGACACAAGUCUUCAUUUUCUGAGGUUUUCUCUUGCUCGUUGCUCGUUUUGCAAUCGUCGUCGUGCUGAAAAAUGCAUGUCCGCCCAGAAUUGCAUGCCAUGGCGGAAACGCACAUGCUUGUAGUAGAGUGGUCCAAGUACGAUUUAAAACCCAUACAACUGUUAUUUGUGGGGCUAAACAGUGAUGAGUAAUGUUCAGACAGUAAUUCUGGGCAGGUAUGCGUUUCUCGGCACAACACCGGUAGCGCCAGCGACUCGCCCCAUGUGCAGGGGUGUGGCUUCUUCCUCUAUGAUUUUGAUUGACAGCUGGCAGGGUAGUCUGAUUUGCAGCUGAGUAAAGAACGAAUGUGAUUGGUUGAUCGCUGCACAGCACAUGCAUCUGUGUAUCUCAGUCAGCUACCCUUGAAAUUAGAUGAGUUAAUUUGCCUCCCACAUCGCAGGCUCUGCAAUGUGACCUACGUGCAGGCCUACAACUGCCGCUGAAAUGGGCCAAAUUCAGGGGAAUCUACUUAUUUAUAGAUCCAGCUAGAUUUACACACACUGCUCUCUUUUAGGACGUCAUAAUCACUUCUUUGUUUUCCUUCCUCCCUCUGCCACAGCUCCUCAAAAACGCCUUACCCCUUCAGACCUGGAUGAGUCCGCCAUCACCGGGGCCAAACCUCUCUGAGAUUAGCUCAACCUUCAAACGGACCUUGUCUCCAUAGACACAAACACACGGUGCUAUUGGUUGAUUCCGCCGACCCGGUGCUCAUUCAGAACAAACUCGACUACUCGGAGGCCUUUUGCACUCGACACGAAUCCUCCUCCACCACCUCACCCUAGGAGUUACUGCGAGAUUUGACAGAAAACGUUGAGGAAUCUCAGCGAGAAGAAGUGAAGGAGGAAACUGUGAAGUGUUUGUUAUUUAUACAGAGCUGAAUUAAAUGUAUUUAUGAGAUUUGGACGCUGUUACAAACCAAAGUAGUCUGACUGUUAUGAACCAUUGUUCCAGCAUUUCCUUCUUAUUUGUUACAUCUGCUCUUUUUAACAUUGUUUACCAGUCUGUGUUUCUAACAUGCCAAUGUGUUUGUGCUGAAAUGAUUUAAAGAACGCCACGUUAAACUAACACUGGAGCCUUGUGAACAAUAUCCAAUUUCGUCAUGUUUUACAACCUCUUUUAAAUGUAUUGACCAAUUUUUUUAAUGACUGGUUAUGUUUCAUGCAGUAUAUAUUUGUAAAAAGAAAUAACCACAAAUGGAAGUCUAUUUUUUAUGAAAUGCAAAGGAAGUAUAUGCACUAUGAAUAAAUCCUUGUGCAUCUAAACGUCUGCUUUUAUGAGCAUACUUGAUGUCCCCUUCAUUUCAGAGUGAAGAGUGGGUUUUACAGCAGCAGAGGGACUCCAGAUACUCUCCCUGGUAUAUCUCUGGCUUUUAGCUAAAAUCUUACAUCAGGGACGACCAUCCAGAGCCUCAACAGAGAGAGUAGCAUCCUCUUUGAAUUUAUGUCUCAGCUUCAGAGGUGUAAACACAGCGCCUGCUGGGUAAACACUUCUUAAAGUUGAACACGGUCUUCCAGGAGAGUCGUGAUUUGGGAAUAUCCAAAGCUGAGGAAAGGUAAGGUGAUGUGGUUUUUGGUUUAAAACUGAUAAUUUGUCCUCAAUGCUCACUAUAUCAAGAACUGAGUUAUUCAUCCACAGAUAAUGCUUGUUAAGUAAAAGGUAUUUUUACCUUUACAUUGUGACUAUGAAGCUUUUAGUCAAAAUUACAUUACCUGUGUCAUUUUUUAGAGCUUUUCUUCUGCAGAGCUCCAGUAGCUCUUUAGCAAUUCGCCUCUGAGUCGUGGGUGGAGACAGCGCUGCUCUGCACACUUCUCUUCACAUUAGCUCAGGGGUGGACAACCAUGUGCCAUGGAGAGCCGAGAGGCUGCAGGUUUUCUUUUCAACCCAAAAUUCCAUCAGGUGAUUUCACUGAUUAGUCCCUGCUCUCUGCUUGGAGGUAAGGUAAUCAGUGAAAUCACCUGGUGGAGUUUUGGGUUGGAAAGAAAACAUGCAGCCUCUCGGCUCUCCAUGGCACAUGGGUGUCCACCCCUGCGCUAGCUUGUAGCCUAACAAUGCCAGUGUAGUAGAAGUUGCAGGUAACAGGUAACAGCUUUCUUACGAGCACUGCAAUCUGCUAACGCACACGCUUGUUCUACGAUUGUCCUCUCUAUUUCUCUGAGUCUGACCUGCAUAGCGGGGCCUGGGGGCGGAGCUUGGAUUUGUGACAUAGUAAAUCUCACUGUUUCUGAACCUGCAGUUUGGGUCUGCCAGAGAUUCACAACGAUUUGAAUGCAGAAAUACUCAGAAAUACAAUUUUGCACUUAACUUUUCUCAUAUGUCCUGUAGCAUCAGAAAAACGCCAUAUGAACAUGUAGACAACAAGAAAAACAUGAUUUUCAUCGGAGUGGGUCUUUAAGAGAAGGUAUUUUUAUUUAAACAUUUCCUAGAAAGUCCAAUAAGAUGAAAAAUCAUUCCAAAGCUUUUCCUAAAUUCCUAAAUUUAACCCGGAUUUGCAGCCUGCUUAGGGUACAUGAUAAAUUUGAGCUUUUUGCAGCGCAUUUCCACUGUUGCAUUUGUUUUGAACUUCUUCAAGUCGUGUCACUUCUGCAUUUGCAGUGCAUUUCAUCUGAUGAAGACCAUUAGGGCCGCUGCAGAUCAUUUGCCCUUGUCAGCCACUGCUGAGUGCCCACCCUGAGUGUAGCAGUGGUUGGAAGAAGAAAAGGAAGAGAGUCGUUUUCGAGGGUAGAAACUUCACAAAUGGAUCAUCAUCACAGGAGCUUCAGAGGAGGGGUGAGUAAGGGAGUUUGAUCCUAACAUUUGACCCUUAGACGUCACGUCAGAUUAUGUGAUUUUUGUUAUUUAAAAUUCUGCAGACAUACUCAGAAGUUUUUUAGACCUUGUUUGCUGGCAGUGAGGCUGCAGCGUCUGAUGCGAAAUUCAUACAGUGAUGCCGAAGCAGUUUGUGGUAAAUGGUGAUUAUCUGCACUGCUGUAGUUUUGUGACAGGAGUUGGCUAACGCAGUUCUCGCUGAUAAGGCUGGUGCUCGAUAUCAUAACUCUAUUUUUUUUCUUCUUUCGGUUAAACACAAACAAGCCGAGCACUCUGACAGUACAGAGUAUUACAUUUUGUCUCAGCCGACUAACAAUCUGUGUGACGCUCCUGCUGUAGUACCAGAGAUGAGAUUCUCCUCCUGAAACGAUCAUACUAAUUUCACCACUUACUUACUCAUCAUUUCAGGCACACUCACCUUAAUUAUAUAUCUAGUAUUUGGCCUGACGCCGAGCACACACAGAAAAAUAACUAUCAGCGUAUAAGGCUGAACUUCCCCGGAGAAAUAUCAUUCAUGAAGCUUAGCAAAAUCCAAGCUUCUGGGCUUUUUUUGGAGCUCUGCCAGCCGAACAACACAAAUCCUUCUUUAAAGCGUUCGCAGGUGUCUGUUUUUUUUUUUUUUUUUAGCAGCUUGUAACUUUCAGAGAAGAAAAAAAGGUAAUUGACAGCUGAUAAGUCUUAUAAAUCAAAGCACACGAUAGCUGGAGCAUUUUUGAACACUUCAGUACGAAUGUAGCGUCUCAUCCUCUGAACAAACAGCCACAUUAUCUCUUUAACAUCAUUUUCAAAGGUAAAACUCUUGUUAAGUCCUAUGUUUGGAAAAGUUAAGUUUCUCUAAGACUUAAUAACAAAGAAAAAAAAAAACAGUUCCUCAUAGUCCAGUCAAUUACAAGUCCGGUCUGUGUUUUAUGAAGCAGCAUCCAGAGGAAAGCAAAGCUCAGCCAAGCUUAGAGGAAAAAUGAGCUGUGAAGCUGUGCUAAGCCUUUGCUCAAUCCCUGUUUCCCCUCUUAAGUUCUGAGCACAUUUGGAAAAGCCAAAGUCCAGAGAAAAUAUUGAACUCUUCUCGGAGUGCAUUUUUCUGCAAACAUUGACUCCGCACUAAUGCGCUUCUUCUCCUUAAACAUGCUCAGUAGUUUGAUAGUUUAUUUACUCCGAGGAGCGUUUUCUCAAUUAUUUUAUCUCUGGGAAAAUUGAUCGUUAAGUACGAGCAACCUUGAAGUGGCAGUUUGUUGAAUAGUGGUGAAAGUUAUUCUUAAAGUCUUUGAGCUGGCUGGCGAAAGCAAAUUUACGCUCAACUUUACCACCAUGUCAAGACGGAUAAUUUCACUCUAGUCGUUUUUAACGCUUAAAAACAAAGACAGACUCGCUCUCCUCUCCAUCACCAGUCCAGCUGUACUCCUCUUUGUCGAGCUGAGAGAUGUGAAUGAAUAAAUUCACAGCCUUUUCUCAGUUUGUGUUUAUGUGGGUUUUUUUAUUCAGAGCCUGGAAACAAGUUUGUAAUCUGCAUUUGCACAUGCAUGAGGAAUCCAGCACACAUCUGUCUGGAAGAAAAAAACGCAGCUUGACAGUCAAACUUAUUUAAAAUGUGCGUGCAGAAUUCAGAUGGAUUCAGACGGACUCGCAGGAGGCUUCAUCUGACUGACUGUCUGUUUGAAUGUGGAAAGACUGCGAAAAGCGUACAUGACACAAGAUUAUUGGAGGGGCUGUAGGAAAUACUUCAUAGAUGCAAACCUUUUUAACAUAAUAUUAACAUAAAAGCAGUAAUGCCUCAAAAAAAACCUUUCAGUUACAACUUCUCCUGCAAUCAUCUGCAUAUCAUCGCAGCUUUUUUCCCCUCUGGUACUUCCAUAAAGUCCUCCUCUCAGAUUAUCUUGAAGAAUCACGGCUUUUAUGCUUUUUACGCUUUUAUGAUUUAUCCUGAUUUCCUGCCAAGUCUGCUAAUUACAGCAAACAGAACUCAGAUUAGACAUAAUCAGUCUGUUUGUUUUCACUGCAGAUAAACUCUUAUUUCUCAUCGGUUCUCUCUGUCCAUAUUUUAAAGAAAUAGUCCCCUUAGCUGUUAUAUUCAUAUUUUAUAAUUAUUUUUACCAUCUAAGCCCAUGAAAUGAAUCUUCUGUCUGUAAUUGGCAGCAAAAGAUUGGCCUACUUUGUGAGAAUAAGACAUGAAACACUAAGAGCCCUUUCUUGCAGGCUUGAUGGAUUAAACCUCAGCUAACCUGUGAAGUUUUUAACCUCCUUCUUAAUAUUCAGUGUCCCUGAUCGAGGCUGUUUGAGUUUUGUCAAGCCAGCUAACACAAAGACAACACGGCUUUGUUGACCUGGCUUCACAGAGGGUUCAGUGUGUGCUCACUGGAGUCUGUUCAGAGCUGACGAUCAACCUAUACGAACGUGCCAAAACACGAUAUUUCAACUCUUCUCAAAUAUGAGGAUUGUAAAUGAGAGUGUUUCAGUUUCAGUUUCAUCACUCCGUCAGUGUCUCUCAGCUCAAAUGAUGCCAAAGUUGUGUCACAUCAGAGCUGGUUUAAUACCAAAUAGUCUCCGGUGUGUUUGAGCAUCACUUCAGUCCAUAUUUAACAGACUCAUAUAACUGUCGUUUUGUAGAAUAUAUGAAUGUGAAUCUAACAAAUCAUGCAGUUUUAUUUGUGUUGAGGGUUUUCGGGUUAUGACUGGCUUUUAUAUGUUUUGCACCAAUCUUAAAACAUCAGGUUACAACACUUCAGAUCGCUGCCUUUAACACCGUGAGGACUGGAGCCAAAAUAUCACGUCUGUAGAACCGAACAAUAAAUCAGUUUCAGGGAAUCAACAGGAGUUAUUAUCGUAAAUUAUAGUUCAAAGAUUCACUGUUUUUCGCUCUUUUUGUCUUUCUUUAUUUUGUAAACACCGUUGAUUCCAGUCUGGAUCAUGUGUUUAAAUUUGUCAGAUUUCAUUAGUAUCCUAAGUAGGGCUGGGCGAUAAACCCAAAAUUUGCCAAUACCGAAAUUUACGACAAUAACCGACGUCAUAUUGCUCAUGUCGGUGUAUUUGGUGUCAAAAAAAUAAAUAAAUAAAUGAAUAAAAGUUGGUUUUGGAUGUGUGUAGGUAGGCUAUGGUCUCAUGUCCCUUUAAGACGCUGUCCUACAUCAGAGAAGUGACUCCACCCCCAAAAGUUGGAGCGGCGGCUGAAGUAGACAAAGUUAAUGUGGGAGUGGGUGAGCAGCUUGUGGAGUAGUUACCGUCCGUUUAUCGUUAUCGAGGUGAACUGCUCAAUAUAUCGUGAUAUUGAUUUAAGGCCAUACCGCCCAGCCCUAAUCAUAAUACCCUCUAUGAUUGGUCCAUGUUUGUAUCCAGUCGCCCUAAUUGCCCAAUCAAGCUAUCAAUGUAGUUUGACUCAACAACGUACUGGGGGUUUGUUCUUAUUGUCACAGGUGCUUUUUGUCCUUGAAGGCCACCAUCGCUUUAGUACUGAGAGGGCAGAGCAAAGGGUGCGAAAGUUUCUAUCUAGAAUUAUACGCUUUGUAGUUUAGACCUUCAAAUUCUCUGACAAACUACGAACCCUCAGUGCUCAGUAAAGACCUAAAUCAGCUUCUAAAACUCUGAAGAGUCAUAUCUUAACAUUUAAGGCUGCCUCUCUGCUUCACUCUAAAAAUUAAUAAAGAUAAUAUACCUUUCUUGUGUCCGUUCCCACAGGGAAUUCAGAUUUUUUUGGGUCAGCUUUAAAAGUUUUAGCUGCUUUAUGGAUCUAGUCGAUGUUUUUGCUUGAGGAUAUAACAGCAGGACGUCUGAUUCAAGUCCUGUCACGGCGCAGAGGCUUCAGACUUUUAUGAAGUUGUAAAAACACCUGAGUCAGUUCGUCUUUUAACACCACAUACAUAACAUAUAAAGGCUCCCUGACAAAUACAGUGAUUGCCGAAGUUCAGGCUCAUUGAAUAUUAGCCCACUAAAACAGCCAUUAGUAAACACAGCAACCUCUUAGUGUUGCCUCUCCCUCCUGCAGCCAAUCAAACAGCGUCGGGGUGUUUGCCACCGCUGCUUACUGCUGUUAUAGUGCUGGCGUAAGCCUCUGCAGCAGCCACAGAGGCUGAUUCCCAUUAGAACAAACCUAUUUGGCUUGCAUUACAAACCCAUUCAAUCAGGCAGCCAUGCUCUGCUUUUUCGUUUAAGCCCGGAGGCAGAGACUGUAUCCAGCCGCUGACGUUCAAUAAGUGAAUGGGUUAUUGCAGCUGAGGCUCCAUAUCAACAUCAUUUUCUACUGUGCUUAGAAAAAAAAUAGGAUAUUUUUGUGCUAUUGUUGUGCAACAAUAUGUAUUUAUAACCCAUUUGGAAAUAAAAUGAAGUGCUGCACUCGGAGUUUGGUCAUGCAGCAGUCGAGGGUGAGCGCAGAGAUUUCCAUGUUUGAUGGCAGACAGGUGUGAGAGACCAGGCGUCCAGUCAUGAUGCCAGAAUGACCUCCUCUGGCCCUGUGAGCGGGCGGCUCUCCCUCUCUCCCUCUCUCUCCCUCUCUCUCUCUCUCUUUAUGCCACGCUCGAGUGUCAUCACUGUAAGGACCUGUGCUGAAUCCCAUCGAGCAGCUCUGCAUGGCCUCACAGCAAACAGACUGUGACUGUAAUGACCCUGCUGUGAACUAGCUUGAAUGACGUGACUGUUGUAGUUACAGAUUUAGUGUCAUCAGUUCAUCACUCACCAUUCACCGCGCCUCGUGAAUACGUGUAAAACCUGCAAAGAGGUGGACCAGAUACCGACUCUCUCAGGAUGACAGGCUGGUCUGCAUUUGUUCAGUCUUAUCCUCCUGUGCAUAUUUUUAUUUCAUACUGCACUGGUUCUGAACAGGUCUGGAUAAAAUCUUUAAAAAACAAAUUAAAUAUGCUGUUUUAUCAGUGACCAACUGGAACAAGCAGAAAUGAAUCCUGUCUGGCUAAGAGAGAUUAUUUCACAGCUGUGAGAUAAAUGCAGCAGCUGUAACCUGUGAAUGGGUUUAGAUAAACGUCUGAUAGAUUUAAUAAUAAAGAUUGAAUAAAAGAGGCCGAGCGAGUUAAAGGUGGAGUAGUCAGGAUCUGAGGAAGUGCCAGUUUUUGGGAGAAAUCUUGAAUGUAGACUCUACCCCUCCUGACCAGUUUUCCCCUCAGAUCCUCCUCUCCCUUCCCUCUCUGCUCCAGCUAGCCCCGCCCACAAACAGACGCUCCUGAUCGCUCGUAUCGUUCCGAUUAAAUUCAGAAAUAAUGCAGAAAAAUUGUUCAGAUAAUUAAAAACGUGAAAGUAAAAAGCAUCGGUGCUACUGUAGAUGCCAACAGACUACCAGCAAACACAAUGUUUGCAGGACUUCUACAACUAGGAUAAAGUGACAUAGUCCAGGACCCAAGGUCAACAGUUUAGUGGCGCUACAACAUGCAGCAGGUCCAGUUUGACAAGAAACACUUCUGUUACAGACACUUGGCUUACUGUAUGUUUCGCACUACAAGGCGCACCAUCAAUGAACGCGUCUAUUCACGUCUAUUUUCAUUUAUAAGGACCGGAUUAUAAAGCCCAUUAAGCCAAACAAAACGGUCAAUAACUCCAUGAGGUUACAGUAGCUGCAGCGCUCCGACAAGCCAAAAGGAUUUGAAGUGUGCCUUAUAGUGCGAAAAAUACGGUACUUUGUUAAAGUGGUUUACCUGUCCAGCACAAAGGUUACAGGGUCCAUAAGAUUUCGAGCGCCCCCCCAUGUUUAUUGUUCGGUCUACCUCCUUUUUCGGCAGUCGUGGACAAAGGAGGAUUCAGACAAUUUUCCGAACUUUCUGGUUGGUUUCUCCUGUCCGAUAUUGUAGCACGCUAACUUUGUUUGGGCUUGUGAACGUUAUUUGAGGACAUGGAGCGUGCCUCGCAACACGAGGGAGCAGUGUCUGCCUCACAACCAAUCAGGUCGGGGAGGAAGAGAACGGCUUUAUUUACAGUCAGAGAGAGCGGACCGACUACACAGACGUAACAAAACACAGGGAUAUUGUUAUAUUACCAAAUGUCAUCAAUAACUAAUAACUAUUGACUGAUAUUAUAAGUUUUUUUGUAAAUACACCACAAAAAAAAGCUUUUUUAACAGAAUCCGGCCUUUCCCACCUUUAAAAGUCAAAUCUCUCAUUUUGAGUCUUCAGUUUAUUCGCCUGGAAAGAACUUAAAGCACAAACAUAUUAACAGAUUCGUAUUCUUCGUGUCACUGCAAAGCUUCGUCUCAUUCAAACGAAACAGAUGGCAAGCCUAAAUGUUUUAUUUAACAAAGCAACUCAAUUAAAAACAGAUUGUUAUUUGCUAUGACUGGUUCGCUGCAGGCGGAAACCUUCAUGUGGAUGCACUAUUGAGUUUAAGUCACCUCUACACACAGCAGUGAUUUCUGUCCCACUUUUUAAAGAGCCAGUGUUUUUACAUUUUUAAUGAAAAUGUCUCACCUAUCGCCGGGAUUUUCUGGUUUUGAUCUUUAUCAGUUAAUACAUCCAAACUUUUUCAAUCCCAUGUUGGCUUUUUUAUGAAGUCAGACCUGACACAUUUGAUUUGAGCAGCGUGCACGCGCCCCCCGACAGACACCCUCAACAAUUAUCCGCCACCUUCACUUCUGAUCAGAUCACAUUUUACAGCCGCUUGUGCCGCAGUCACCUUCACAGCAACCGAAUCGGUUUGAAGUUCACCCGUCCUCUUUCUGCUUCCCAGAUCCCAUCAUGCCUCACUCUCCAUCUGGGCUGACUGCUGAGGGCUGGGGUCGGCUCGAGGGCUGCGCGGAGACCUCUGGGAGCAGAGCUGCCGCUGAGAUACUCAUUGCUUCAUUGGGAUUCUUGCUGGAUCCAAUCACACUGUCAGGCUCGGAGAGGAGGCCUGUCUCCCUGGGUAGUUGAUUCAUCACACACACACACAGACACACACACGCACACACACAGACAGAGUUUUGUACAUCACACACUGACACAUACAGAUGGAGACGCAGACAUACAGUAUAAAUGAGCGCCCGCUCUCAUACACACUCUGUCUCGCUCCUCACACGCCUGUUGAUGCCCCAGACUGCAGAGCAACAGUGGAGCUUGUUUUGAUGUGCAGCUCACUCUCCUCUCUCCUCUCUCCUCUCUCUCUCCCUCCUCAAUUUUGCAGCCCAGUCUCCUCCAGGGGAGCUUCUCUACCUGCUUGAAUUUUGCUCCAAAUGUGUGAUAAACCAUUUAGUUAUGAUAAUGUGACUCUAAUGGCAGUAAAAUUCAGAUCACCCAGAGGACGCAUGAAAAAGUAGUCAGACUCAGGGCAGAUUUGGUGAUCAGGAAGGUUUCCUACAUCUUUGCUGCUGAAGGAAGACUGACACUGAAAGUGAAAACUACAUCUUUAAUUUUCUUUUACAUCAGCUUUAGACGAAUUGGACUUUAAUUAAAGCACAAAAUACAAAAUAUUUUUUCUUUUUUCUUGAAUUUGAUGUUUGAACUUUCAUCCUGUCCUCGUUUUUAUGCCUAAAGGUUUUAUAGUUCUGCAUCUCUGUAGGAAUCUUCAUAUGUGGAGUGUCCUUUUUGUGCAUGCUGGUGUCCCGGCUUCCUCCCACAGUCCAAACACACGCUUGUUCAGUUAAUCGGUGGCCCUGUAUCGCCUGUAGGUGUUUAUUUAAGUGUGUUUCUGGUUGUUUGGCGCUGUAGGUCAGCCCUGUGAUUGACUGGUGACUAGUCCGGGGUGUGACCCGUCUCUUACCUCGUGACAGCUAACAUUUGCUUUGGCUCCUUUGCAAACCUGGAGGGGAUUCAUGUUAUAUACACCACGUCUUACAUUAGCUCUUUUAUUUUUUAUAAGCAAACCGGUUUCCUAACUCUGCAAUUUUUUUGUCUUUUCCAUUCAUGCUUCGCUCAUUUAAAGGUUAUUCUGUGCAACCUUCAACAUAAGGAUGUUUGUUCAUGUUUAUAGAGGUGGGAGUUAUCACAUCCUUUAUCGGUUUGAUUUCAUCUCAGAAGUCAAAUUUUAGAGAUUCCUAUCAAAAGCGUCACCUUGAACGCCCUGAAGUC